AUGGAGAAGGCAGCGAAUUGCCUUGAGAACGUUUCUAAACCUGGUGAGAUGUUGACAUUUAGCUAUUUAGUGUACAACACACAUUUUAGCGUCUGGUUUACAUCCAUGGUUUAACACGCAAUAACACCAGAGUGUUAUACCACCACUAUAACGGUGUCGGUAAAAAAAUAAAAUGCUGUACAGUAUAAAAUCAUUAAUGCGUCUAUUUUCAUUAUUUGUAUGUUAGUUAGCCCACGAAGUUUGGGAAACUUUCCAGUCGUGGGGAAAAUCCUCAAUAAACAAGAGGCCAACUAUCAUUGGCUAGAAGACGGUGCUGUUUUUGAAGGUCUAGCAUCACCGGUGCCAGAGGCGGAGAGACGAGAGCCAUCACAGCCCUCUGGUCAGAUUACAGACACGGUAAAUUCAGGCUAGGUUUGGCCACCUACUUUGUAAGGGAGGACAACCACAGAAGAUGUUUGUGUUGUUGAUGCAGCCCCAACAUAACGGGCUGUAGUUUAGGACAAUGUUAAUCAAUAAUGACAUUGUCUUUUGGAAGGUACCAUGGCCAGUAUGGCUCAUCAAACAGGAGGAUAUGGCUGAUGAUGAUCAGGAAAAGGAAGGUCAGUUGAACUAUUUUCAAUAACGAUUUAAAGGCUUAUUUCCCUUGUAGUAGAUUGUGUAUUUUUCAGAAUUCUAUAAAUUAUUUAUUUUUGUAAUAAUAAUGUACUUUUCAAAUGUUUGUUCAUUCCAAAAACAACGUAUAAAUCCAAACAACAACUUAGACACAAACAAUGACUACAUCUCAUCUACCCAGACCUGCAUGCUCACACCCCCAUCCCUACUGCCUGCAUUAUUGUUUGCCACUUGGCCUUAAAUUGUACCAAUUUGUUUUUCUCGGUCGCCCAUGAUAUUUCACUAUUUGUCAAUGCUGUCGGAUUGAUUGACCUCUAUGUUUUAAGUAUACCUUUUUUCAAGAUGAGUGAUGAGAAGAGAAUUGUCUAGCCCAUUGGCUAUCUCACUACACCCCCAUAUGACAUGUCUUGAAAUAUGCAGACAGACCGAUUUUAAAAGUAAGUUUACAUUGUCUGUAGCUCAGCUGGUAGAGCACGGCGCUUGUAACGCCAAGGUAGUGGGUUCGAUCCCCGGGACCACCCAUACACAAAAAUGUAUGCACGCAUGACUGUAAGUCGCUUUGGAUAAAAGCGUCUGCUAAAUGGCAUAUUAUUUAUUGUAAUACUUCUGAAAGCCAACUUUCUAGCUCCGCCCACAACUUCCGGACAUUAUAGCAUUUCCAGAAAGCAUGGAUUAUUGAGUCAUUAUUCGUUUUACACUUAAGACAUGACUCUGCUGUUGUGCUGUAGAAUUUGUGAAUUUUGUCAAUUGUGUAGUAAAUUCUAUACAUUAGUUUAUACUGGAUUAAGCGUACAUUUUCGUUAACUGUAAUUUUCCAUCUUGUACCAACACCAGUUAUUUUUUAAAUCUUGGUUCCAAUAGUUUGUAUUUUUUUCUAAGAGGUUGUCAGUUGGAUAUGCUCUCUGCAUUCUAUCAAACAUGAAGACAAGACGCAAAUUAAUGUGGUAUUUUUUUAGAUUUUGCACUUGUUAAGACCAUGACAAAGUAAACUAUCCCUUUAAUGGCUCACCGUAAAGCCAACUCUGACAUUCAUUGUUGGUGACUUCCUUUCCAGAUUACGGCGAGUUGAUUCCAGAGACUCACAAGGCCAACCAGAAUAUCACAGGAGAAAGUGAUGAGGAAGAGAGAAGUCAAGCCUCUGGGGGAUCCAAAGAACUUGGACUCAAGGACUUCAAGAGAGAAGUUCAAGAGAGUCCGUUGCUGGUGUCAACUGAGGAUGCUGCAGCACCCAUAAAGAUGAAGUAUAAAACGAGCAUGUUUGAACACACUGGGAAGCCACUCUUUCGCUGCGAUAUCUGUGGUGAGAAAUUCCAGCGUCAGAGCGGCUUGACAAGGCACCAACGGCACAAACACAACACUGUGGAAACCUACAGUUGCUAUGUGUGUGGGAAAGGGUUCACCUACAUCAAAUCCCUCAACACGCAUGAGCUCACGCACUCCGACGUCUCUAUCAGUUCUACUGUAACUCUUGAUGAAGCCAAGGCAAGGAAAAGACAUCUGACUGAUGAACCCACAGACAGAAAUGCAGCGAGAGAUGUGAGUCGUGUAAAAUGUUGCUGUUAGCUCCACUACUAGUGUGUUAGUGAUAACUCUUUAAAACACAUUUAGCUGUUUCUACUCCACCUAUUUACAUAGCCUUGUCUUCUUGCCCAUUACCAGUACCUUGAAGAUGCAUGACUGAUCACACGGCUUCUAUUGUUUUUAUGUGGUUUUUCUAGAUGAUCAGUGCCAUCCUUCACUCAAAGCCAGGUGGAGAAAAGGUAUUCCAGGAGUAUUUGAAAACCAAAGGUCUUACGGAUAGCACACGGAGACUGAUGGUGAACAUUAUUGUGGCCGAUAUGAUGGAAAAUCAUGGGUACGUGAAUAAUUCAAUGUGUUAGAACUGUAUGCUGACAAAAGCUGUAUUACAUUUAACAGUGCAUGAUUUUAGUCAAACUUGAAGGUAUGAGUCACCCCAAAAUGAAAGUCUGUUAGAUGAUUUUAUACCUUAAAAGUAGACUACUGUCAAUGUACUGUAUGUCCACAUCCCACACCGUUGUUUGGUAGAUAAUGCAUUUCUCAAUCCAAAAGGAACGGAAGAUUGGGGGGGUCCCCAGAACCAUCCCUCAGCUUUAGAUCAAAAUGUGGUGGGGCUGCAGUUUUGCUGAGAAAUAAAUCACUGAUGGUCGCUUUUACUAGAAUUGUAGUUACUUUUUAUUUAAUCUUACUCAAAGUAGGAUCCCCCCAUCAAGAGUCCGCACCAACUACGCCCUGGGGAUUGUGACUUUAUUCCCCUACUUGAAUGAUCCAGAUUCAGAGCAUGGCUAUGUAAGUAUGAACGUAGGACUGAAUUCCCUCUCAGGGGAUACCAGACCUAGAGUUCCAUUUUGAACUGUUUUCUUUUCGAUUGAUAGGAACAAUAUUACGAUGCAGCUAGUGGGUCUGGUUACCUGACUUGGAGAAUAAAGACAGUGGGACGCAACAAAUCAUGUAAGAUCAAGAAGAGAACCAAGUCCACCUAUCAAAAUGGUCCCAAAGGCUCAACAAAGUUCCCCUUCAGCUGUUGAGCAACUGUCAGGUGAUGAAUGCAGAGGUACAGCGAAGUUCCCUUCAGCACUGUAUUAUCCCAAUUCUUUGCUAAAGGGAUAGUCCAUCAAAAAUAUCCACAUCUUAUUUUCACUCAUCUAUUAUCAGUUGAUCGAGACAUUUGGUAAAUCAUUGUCAGAUUGUUUUUGUAAUGUCCAUCAGAUUCUAGUUAGAGCAUUUUAGCAAUACUAGUGGUAAUGGUAGGAUUUUUUUGCUGAAUUUUCCCUGAAAGUUGCAUCUUUGUAAUCUUUCAGAUGAACAAGUGUCCAUGUCUGAGGUGUCUAUCUGCUCAGUUGGGUCUGAUUCGUCUGGAUCAACUGUCAUUCUGGAAAAAACCAAGGCAAGAAAAAGACGUCUGACUGAUGAACCCACAGACAGAAAUGCAGCGAGAGAUGUGAGUCGUGUAAAAUGUUGCUGUUAGCUCCACUACUAGUGUGUUAGUGAUAACUCUUUAAAACACAUUUAGCUGUUUCUACUCCACCUAUUUACAUAGCCUUGUCUUCUUGCCCAUUACCAGUACCUUGAAGAUGCAUGACUGAUCACACGGCUUCUAUUGUUUUUAUGUGGUUUUUCUAGAUGAUCAGUGCCAUCCUUCACUCAAAGCCAGGUGGAGAAAAGGUAUUCCAGGAGUAUUUGAAAACCAAAGGUCUUACGGAUAGCACACGGAGACUGAUGGUGAACAUUAUUGUGGCCGAUAUGAUGGAAAAUCAUGGGUACGUGAAUAAUUCAAUGUGUUGGAACUGUGUGAUGACAAAAGCUGUAUUACAUUUUAACAGUGCAUGAUUUUAGUCAAAAUAUAUACACUACCAGUCAAAUGUUUUAGAACACCUACUCAUUCAAGGGUUUUUCUUCAUUUUUCUACAUUGUAGAAUAAUAGUGAAGACAUCAAAACUAUGAAAUAACACAUGGAAUCAUGUAGUAACUAAAAAAAGUGUUAAAUAAAUCAAAAUAUAUUUUAUAUUUGAGAUUCUUCAAAUAGCCACCCUUUGCCUUGAUGACAGCUUUGCACACUCUUGGCAUUCUAUCAACCAGCUUCACCUGGAAUGCUUUUCCAACAGUCUUGAAGGAGUUCCCACAUAUGCUUAGCACUUGUUGGCUGCUUUUCCUUCACUCUGCAGUCCGACUCAUCCCAAACCAUCUCAAUUUGGUUGAGGUCGGGGGAUUGUGGAGGCCAGGUCAUCUGAUGCAGCACUCCAUCACUCUCCUUCUUGGUAAAAUAGCCCUUACACAGCCUGGAGGUGUGUUGGGUCAUUGUCCUGUUGAAAAACAAAUGAUAGUCCCACUAAGCCCAAACCAGAUGUGAUGCCGUAUUGCUGCAGAAUGCUGUGGUAGCCAUACUGGUUAAAUGUGCCUUGAAUUCUAAAUGAAUAACAGACGGUGUCACCAGCAAAGCAUUCCCACAUCAUAACACCUCCUCCUCCAUGCUUUACUAUGGGAAAUACACAUGCGGAGAUCAUCCGUUCACCCACACCACAUCUCACAAAGACACAGCGGUUGGAAUAAAAAUCUCAAAUUUGGACUCCAGACCAAAGGACAAAUUUCCACUGGUCUAAUGUCCAUUGCGCGUGUUUCUUGGCCCAAGCAAGUCUCUUCUUCUUAUUGGUGUCCUUUAGUAGUGGUUUCUUUGCAGCAAUUCGACCAUGAAGGCCUGAUUCACACAGUCUCCUCUGAACAGUUGAUGUUGAGAUGUGUCUGUUAAUUGAAUUCUGAAGCAUUUAUUUGGGCUGCAAUUUCUGAGGCUGGUAACUACUGAACUUAUCCUCUGCAGCAGAGGUAACUCUGGGUCUUCCAUUCCUGUGGCGGUCCUCAUGAGAGCAAGUUUCAUCAUAGCGCUUGAUGGUUUUUGCGACUCCACUUGAAGAAACUUUAAAAGUUAUUGAAAUGUUCCGUAUUGACUGACCUUCAUGUCUUAAAGUAAUGAUGGACUGUCGUUUUUCUUUGCUUAUUUGAGCUGUUCUUGCCAUAAUAUGGACUAGGUCUUUCACCAAAUAGGGAUAUCUUCUGUAUACCCCCCUACCUUGUCAUAACACAACUGAUUGUCUCAAAUGCAUUAAGAAGGAAAGAAAUUCCACAAAUUAACUUUUAAGAAGGCACUCCUGUUAAUUGAAAUGCAUUCCAGGUGACUACCUCAUGAAGCUGGUUGAGAGAAUGCCAAGAGUGUGCAAAGCUGUCAUCAAGGCAAAGGGUGACUAUUUGAAGAAUCUCAAAUCUCAACUAUAUUUUGAUUUGUUUAACACUUUUUUGGUUACUACAUGAUUCAUUAUGUGUUAUUUCAUAGUUUUGAUGUCUUCACUAUUAUUCUACAAUGUAGAAAAUAGUACAAAUAAAGAGAAAUCCUUGAAUGAGUAGGUGUUCUAAAACUUUUGACCAGUUGUGUGUGUGUGUAUAUAUAUAUAUAUAUAUAUUGGGGAGAAAAUGGGGUAAAAGUGUGUAUGUGUUUUUAUAUAUAUACACACUUUUACCCCCUUUUCUCCCCAAUUUCGUGAUCCAAUUGGUAGUUAGUCUUGUCCCAUCGCUGCAACUCCCCUACGGACUCGGGAGAGGCAAAGGUCGAGAGCCAUGCGUCCUCCGAAACCUGACCCUGCCAAGCCGCACUGCUUCUUUUAACACUGCUCACUUAACCCAGAAGCCAGCCGCACCAAUGUGUCGGAGGAAACACCAUCCAGCUGGCGACCGAAGUCAGCUUGUAGGCGCCCAGCCCGCCACAAGGAGUCGUUAGAGCGCAAUGGGAUAAGGAAAUCCCGGCCGGCCAAACCCUCCCCUAACCCGGACUAUGCUGGGCCAAUUGUGCGCCGCCUCAUGGGUCUCCCGGUCAUGGCCGGCUGUUGACACAGCCUGGGAUCGAACCCGGGUCUGUAGCGAUGCAGUGCCUUAGACCACUGUGCCACUCGGGAGGCCCGAUUUCAGUCAAAUUUAGAGUACCUGUCUGUUCAUACUGGGGGGUUUCCCCAGCACAUUCCGUCAGCUUUAGACCAAACCAUGUGGCAGGGCUGGCUGCAGUUUUGCUGAGAAAUGUAUCAGUGAUGGCUUUUACCAUAAUUGUUUUAAUUAAAUGAACUUCAAAUUCAAAUAACUUUUAUUUCCUGAGGGAACUUCAUAUGUACUGAUGGGGGAUUCAUACAAGACACAUUACAACAUAAAACACUAUAUAUUUUUUUUAUUAAGUUAAUGUUUUUAUAGUAUUUUUAUUUAUUUAUCUUCCUCAAAGGAGGAUCCCCCCAUCAAGAGUCCGCACCAACUACGCCCUGGGGAUUGUGACUUUAUUCCCCUCGUUGAAUGAUCCAGAUUCAGAGCAUGGCUAUGUAAGUAUGAACGUAGGACUGAAUUCCCUCUCAGGGGAUACCAUGCCUAGAGUUCCAGGAUAUUAAAUGGUUGUUGAUCAUUUUUAACUGUUCUUUUUGAUUGACAGGAAAAAUAUUACGAUGCAGCUAGUGGGUCUGGUUACCUGACCUGGAGAAUAAAGACAGUGGGACGCAACACAUCAUGUAAGAUGAAGAAGAGAACCAAGCCCACCUAUCAAAAUGGUCCCAAGGCUCAGCGAAGUUGCCCUUCAGCUGUUGAGCAACUGUCGGGGGAUGAAUGCAGAGAGGCGAUAUCUGCGCUUCAGCAUACAACUAAUGAGUCACUGGUUAAAGAGAAGAUGAUGGCGACGUACCAAUACAGACAGGAGAUGGUUCAUGAUCCGGAGAAGUCCUCAACUGUCCUAGAUGUCUUCCCAAGAUUCCUUGACACUACAGGCUUGGUAAGACUGGAUGACUAGAAUUCAUAAUGUUUUGGUGAUUUUAAAAGAAAGUGGAAAGAUAAUCAAUCUUGUGAGAAAACAAAUAUUGAAUGUAUUUCAGAUCGACCAAGAUUUCACCAUGCUUUUCGGAGAGGUGGUGUCUGGGACAUUUUUGGCGAAGUGGCCAACUUUCUUCAAACCCAGGGUCAUCGCAGACUGUAAAACCCUUCCCUCCAGCGAACCUGUGGAAGACCUCCUCUCAUCUGCACAGCAGGAAUCCAAUGAUUAUGGUAUUAGUGCAAAUAUAUUGUCUUUGGUAUUACCAAUGACAUUUUUAACUUGACCAUACAAUGUCUGAGUGAGACUGGCAUGUGAACUUCUACUGAGCAUUUCUUGUUCUUGUUUUCUAUUGAAACAAUUAGGAUGGGAGAGUGACUUGGCAGCCAUUUUGUUGCUUCUGCAUCUCCUACCCCCGACCUCAAAGGGCCCGAAGACCGCAAAGAUCCGUACCUCUCAAGCUGCUGACCAUUUGGUUAGAUUUAUGAAGGUUUGUUGUAUGUUCUGUGAUCAUUGUGCCCUUCUCCUUCCCUUAGUACAGUACUUGUUAACAAUAUACACAGCUCCUGUUAGCCCCUCCCCUGCCGCUUUCUUUAGGACAGUUUUACAUAUGGUCUCAGAGGUGUAGGCAAAUUCAAUUACGUUCCAUGUAAAUUGGAUAACCAUCCAUUUUAUGAAACUCUUGAGUGCAUAUUUGAGUGGAAAAUAUAGUUAAGCUAAACCUUCAUCGCUAGGUUGCUUAGAUGAAGAUGAAGAUCACUUUAUCGGUCAAUUGCACACAAGGUCCAACCGGAAUUUGACUUCCGCUUUUAACCCAACCCCGCCGAAAGACACAUGCAUAUAGAGGUUUUGGAGAGGUGCGGGGGGCUGCCACACUGGGUGCCUGGGGAGCUGCUGUUGUGGGAAGUUAAGUGCCUUGCUCAUGGGCACAACGGAAGGCAAUGGCAUCUAGAAUUUGAUACCAGUAGCCCUCUGGUUGCCAGCUUACUACCUGACAGAUUUUUCCCAUCGGACCCAGGAUUGGAACUGGCAACCCUCCGCUUGCUUGCUCACCUCUAACCGCUAGGUCAGUGUUUCCCAACUCCAGGACCCCCAACAGCCCACACUUUUUUUUUUUUUUUUUUCAUCCCUGACAAACUCACUUGAUUCAGCUUAACGAGGGCUUGAUGAUUAGUUGACACGUUUCAGGUGUGCUUGUCCAGGGCUACAAUAAAAUGUGUACUGUUGGGGGUACUGGAGGACUGGAGUUGGGAAACACUGCGCUAGGCUACCUGCCUAGUGGUCAUGUGGUCUGCCUUCAGGAUUGUGGAACACGUUAUUUACUGUUGUGUCUUGUGUUCUCUUUUCCUCAGGUGGGGACCAGUAUGGCGACCUUCCUUGAGACAGUUGGCUGUGAGCAGCAGCCCUUCCUCCUCUGUGUCGGUGAAAGGAAGAACAUCCUCCAGAGGUUUUACAUCGUCGUUGACCAGAAGGCCAUCCCAUGCAAGGCCCAAACAUCAGUGGCAGCUUUUGAUGAGCUCUUUAAGGCACACUAUGUCUUCAGUGUGUCCUACCAUGAAGCUUUGUGCAACUUCUACACAUUCAUCCAGACCACCGUGUACGGUAUCGACGUGGGGAAGGCAAAGGAGUCGUCAAGAGUCAAGGAGAUUAGAGUAAGGCUGCUUAACAAAGACCAGGGGUGUAGUGCUGCCGGAGCGCAAGGGAGCGGCACUCCCACACUUCUUUCAAUUUGACAAUAUAAGAAGCUGGUAAAAAUAUUUCCGGAAAAUGAUUUCUAAAGCUGAAUCAAUGUCCAGCAAGAUCACAUAAUGAUGAAUUUGUAUUUUACAUAACAGAACUGCAGUAGGCAUAUAAUAAUGUUACUGUUACACCAAAAAAAACAAAAUUUCUAGUGAGAUUUCAGGAUGUUUAGCUGAAGCUGAAUAGUCCCAUUGUUCUAAUGCGGCCAGAACUCAACAGCUUGUGCCACUAGGCAGGAUAUGUGCUUUGAUUGAAACAAAAUACAAGAAAGGCUAUUAGCUUAACACCAUCUGCUCUAAUUCACUCACAAAACAGUAAUGGCCUAUUUUUAAAUUAGAUAUGCCUAACUUGGUGUUUGAGGGUGUUACAAAUACAGCUCUGGAAAAAAUUAAGAGACCACUGCACAUUUUUCUUAAAUCAUCAUCUCUACAUGUAUGACAGCCAUUCCAUUCCAGUGUCUGUUGAAUUCCAACACAGGCACACCUCAUUCUACUGAAAUAGGUACUGAUUAGGUGAUCACCUGAACCAAAUCUUAUUUAACGAGGAAAAGUAUAAAAACCACUGCUGUGGUCAUCACUAUCCUCUUGCAAUAGGACCAGCUGGAUGGCAAAAACAAUGCUAAUAGGACCUCAAAAGUAAUAUUAAAUCAGAAAAUUACUAUUGACCAUGCCAAAAGAGUUGAAAAUGAAAGUUUUGAGUGUGGAAAAGAAGGGUUCAAUUCUGGCUUUACUGGCAGAGGGAUACAGUGAGCAUCAGGUUGCUUCCAUCCUUAAAAUGUCAAAGACGGCGGUUCAUAAGAACAAGGUCAAGCAGCAGACAUUGGGGACAACAAAGCUACAGACCGGCAGAGGGCGAAAACGACUCUCUACUGACCGGGAUGACCGCCAACUAAUUCGAAUGUCACUCAACAACCGUAGGAUGACAUCAAGUGACCUACAAUAAUAAUGGCAAACGGCAGUUGGGGUGAAGUGCACGGCGAGGACUGUUCGAAACAGGCUCCUAGGGGCAGGGCUGAAGUUGUGCAAAGCUAGAAAAAAGCCCUUCAUCAAUUGUCCUGGAAGAAAAUGUGCUUCCUUUUGCUCUGACAUUGUUCCCCAACUCUGAGGAUUGGUUUUUCCAGCAGGACAAUGCGCCAUGCCACACAGCCAGGUCAAUCAAGGUGUGGAUGGAGGACCACCAGAUCAAGACCCUGUCAUGGCCAGCCCAAUCUCCAGACCUGAACCCCAUUGAAAACUUCUGGAAUGUGAUCAAGAGGAAGAUGGAUGGUCACAAGCCAUCAAACAAAGCCGAGCUGCUUGAAUUUUUGCGCCAGGAGUGGCAUAAAGUCACCCAACAUCAAUGUGAAAGACUGGUGGAGAGCAUGCCAAGAUGCAUGAAAGCUGUGAUUGAAAAUCAGGGUUAUUCCACCAAAUAUUGAUUUCUGAACUCUUCCUAAGUUAAGACAUUACUAUUGUGUUGUUAAAAAAUUAACAUGAAUUUAUUUUCUUUGCAUUAUUCGAGGUCUGACAACACUGCAUAUUUUUUGUUAUUUUGACCAGUUGUCAUUUUCUGCAAAUACAGUGAGGGGAAAAAAGUAUUUGAUCCCCUGCUGAUUUUGUACGUUUGCCCACUGACAAAGAAAUGAUCAGUCUAUAAUUUUAAUGGUAGGUUUAUUUGAACAGUGAGAGACAGAAUAACAACCAAAAAAUCCAGAAAAACGCAUGUAAAAAAUGUUAGAAAUUGAUUUACAUUUUAAUGAGGGAAAUAAGUAUUUGACCCCUCUGCAAAACAUUACUUAGUACUUGGUGGCAAAACCCUUGUUGGCAAUCACAGAGGUCAGACGUUUCUUGUAGUUGGCCACCAGGUUUGCACACAUCUCAGGAGGGAUUUUGUCCCACUCCUCUUUGCAGAUCUUCUCCAAGUCAUUAAGGUUUCGAGGCUGACGUUUGGCAACUCGAACCUUCAGCUCCCUCCACAGAUUUUCUAUGGGAUUAAGGUCUGGAGACUGGCUAGGCCACUCCAGGACCUUAAUGUGCUUCUUCUUGAGCCACUCCUUUGUUGCCUUGGCUGUGUGUUUUGGGUCAUUGUCAUGCUGGAAUACCCAUCCACGACCCAUUUUCAAUGCCCUGGCUGAUGGAAGGAGGUUCUCACCCAAGAUUUGACGGUACAUGGCCCUGUCCAUCGUCCCUUUGAUGCGGUGAAGUUGUCCUGUCCCCUUAGCAGAAAAACACCCCCAAAGCAUAAUGUUUCCACCUCCAUGUUUGACGGUGGGGAUGGUGUUCUUGGGGUCAUUGGCAGCAUUCCUCCUCCUCCAAACACGGCGAGUUGAGUUGAUGCCAAAGAGCUCGAUUUUGGUCUCAUCUGACCACAACACUUUCACCCAGUUCUCCUCUGAAUCAUUCAGAUGUUCAUUGGCAAACUUCAGACGGGCAUGUAUAUGUGCUUUCUUGAGCAGGGGGACAUUGCGGGCGCUGCAGGAUUUCAGUCCUUCACGGCGUAGUGUGUUACCAAUUGUUUUCUUAGUGACUAUGGUCCCAGCUGCCUUGAGAUCAUUGACAAGAUCCUCCCGUGUAGUUCUGGGCUGAUUCCUCACCGUUCUCAUGAUCAUUGCAACUCCACGAGGUGAGAUCUUAAAUGGAGCCCCAGGCCAAGGGAGAUUGACAGUUCUUUUGUGUUUCUUCCAUUUGCUAAUAAUCGCACCAACUGUUGUCACCUUCUCACCAAGCUGCUUGGCGAUGGUCUUGUAGCCCAUUCCAUUCUUGUGUAGGUCUACAAUCUUGUCCCUGACAUCCUUGGAGAGCUCUUUGGUCUUGGCCAUGGUGGAGAGUUUGGAAUCUGAUUUGAUUGUUUGCUUCUGUGGACAGGUGUCUUUUAUAAGGUAACAAACUGAGAUUAGGAGCACUCCCUUUAAGAGUGUGCUCCUAAUCUCAGCUCGUUACCUGUAUAAAAGACCCCUGGGAGCCAGACAUCUUUCUGAUUGAGAGGGGGUCAAAUACUUAUUUCCCUCAUUAAAAUGCAAAUCAAUUUAUAACAUUUUUGACAUGCGUUUUUCUGGAUUUUUUUGUUGUUAUUCUGUCUCUCACUGUUCAAAUAAAUCUACCAUUAAAAUUAUAGACUGAUCAUUUCUUUGUCAGUGUGCAAACGUACAAAAUCAGCAGGGGAUCAAAUACUUUUUUCCCUCACUGUAAAUGCUCUAAAUGACAAAUUUUUAUUUGGAAUUUGGGAGAAAUGUUGUCAGUAGUUUAUAGAAUAAAACAACAAUGUUAAUUUCACCCAAACACAUAUCUAUAAAUAGUAAAACCAGAGAAAGUUAUAUUUUUGCAGUGGUCUCUUAAUUUUUUCCAGAGCUGUAUAACAUUUUUGUGAGAGUGUGGGCAUAGAGCAGAUGUUGCAAUUGGAGAAUGCAUUUAAUGCAUAUUGUAUUAUAACAUUCAAUAGGUUACAUCUGUCAGUACAAACUUUGAUUGUGAAAUUAUGUAAUUCACUUUUUGGGGGUCAGCUCCCGCACCUAAAAAAACAAUACGGCUCUAAACCACUUACAAAGACACUUGAAUUGAGAAACAACAGUGUUUACAUGUUUUAUUUCUAAAACACACUACAGCAGUCGUGCAUUGCUUUUUCGACAUAUGAAGUUUCAUCAUGGUUUGUCAAUAAAACGUAUUUGAAUCUGGACAGCAACUGUUGUAAAAGUAAAGUAAAUCUACACCGGACAAAUAUAAAUACAACAUGCAACAAUUUCAAAGAUUUUACUGAGUUACAGUUCAUAUAAGGAAAUCAGUCAAUUGAAAUAAAUUCAUUAGGCCCUAAUCUAUGGAUUUCACAUGACUGGGAAUACAGAUAUGCAUCUAUUUACAUUUAGUAGACGCUCUUAUCCAGAGCGACUUUUUUUCUUCCAUUUUUCAUACUGGCCCCCCUUGGGAAACAAACCCACAUCCUUGCCGGCCAAACCCUACCCUACCUUGGACGACAAUGGACCAAUUGUACGCCGCCCAUGGAUCUCCUGGUCGCAGAUGGCUACAACAGAGCCUGGAUUCGAACCAGGAUCUCUAGUGGCACAGCUAGCACUGUGAUGCAGUGCCUUAGACCACUGCGCCACUCUGAUGUUCAGGUACCUUAAAAAAAAGGUAGGGGCGUGGAUCAGAAAACCAGUAAGUAUCUGGUGUGACCACCAUUUGCCUAAUGCAGCGAGACACAUCUCCUUCGCAUAGAGUUGAUCAGGCUGUUGAAUGUUGUCCCACUCCUCUUCAAUGGCUGUGCGAAGUUGCUGGAUAUUGGCGGGAACUGGAACACGCUGUCUUACACGUCGAUCCAGAGCAUCCCAAACAUGCUCAAUGGGUGACAUGUCUGGUGAGUAUGCAGGCCAUGGAAGAACUGGGACCUUUUCAGCUUCCAGGAAUUGUGUGCAGAUCCUUGCGACAUGGGGCCGUGCAUUAUCAUGCUGAAACAUGAGAUGAUGGUGGCGGAUGAAUGGCACGACAAUGGGCCUCAGGAUCUCGUCACAAUAUCUCUGCAUUCAAAUUGCUCGUUGUCUGUAGUUUAUGCCUGCCCAUACCAUAACCCUCACCGCCACCAUGGGCCACUGUUAUCAACAUUGACAUCAGCAAACCACUCGCCCACAUGACGCCAUACACGCUAUCUGCCAGGUACAGUUGAAACCGUGAUUCAUCUUUGAAGAGCACACUCCUCCAGUGUGCCAGUGGCCAUCGAAGGUGAGCAUUUGCCCACUGAAGUCGGUUACCUCGCAGAACUGCAGUCAGGUCAAGACCCUAGUGAGGACGACAAGCACGCAGAUGAGCUUCCCUGAGAUGGUUUCUGACAAUUUGUGCAGAAAUUCUUCAGUUGUGCAAACCCACAGUUUCAUCAGCUGUUCGGGUGACUGGUCACAGACAAUCCCGCAGGUGAAGAAGCUGGUUGUGUAGGUCCUGGGCUGGUGUGGUUACAUGUGGUCUGCGGUUUUGUGUUCAGUUGGAUGUACUGCCAAAUUCUCUAAAAUGACGUGGGAAGGCAGUUUAUGGUAGAGAAAUUAACAUUCAAUUAUCUGGCAACAGCUCUGGUGGACAUUCCUGGAGUCAGCAUGCCAAUUGCAUGCUCCCUUAAAACAUCUGUUGCAUUGUGUUGUAACAACACUACACAUUUUAGAGUUAACUUUUGUCCUCAGCACAAGGUGUACCUACAGGACACCUACAGCACCCGAUGUCACAGGAAGGCCAAAUCAAGGACAUCAACCACCCAAACCACUGCCUGUUCACCCUGCUAUCAUCCAGAAGGUGAGGUCAUUACAGGUGCAUCAAAGCUGGGCCAUUAGACUGUUAAAUAGCCAUCACUAGCACAUUAGAGGCUGCUGCUGCCUAUUGAAAUCACUGGCCACUUAAAGAAAUAGAACACUAGUCACUUUAAUAAUGUUUACAUAUCUUGCACUACUCAUCUCAUAUGUAUAUACUGUAUUCUAUAAUAUUCUACUGUAUCUUCGUCCAUGCUGCUCAGUCAUUGCUUGUCCAUAUAUGUAUAUAUUCUUAAAUUCAAUUCCUUACUAGAUUUGUGUGUAUUGGGUAUAUGUUGUGAAAUUGUUAGAUAUUACUUGUUAGAUAUUACUGCACUGUCGGAGCUAGAAGCACAAGCAUUUUGCUACACCCGCAAUAACAUCUGCUAAACACGUAUGUGACAAAUACAUUUUGAUUUGACCUGAGUAAUGAUAACGCUGUUUAAUCGGCUUUUUGAUAUGCCACACCUGUCAGGUGGAUGUAUUAUCUUGGCAAAGGAGAAAUGCUCACUAACAGGGACGUAAACAAAAUUGUGGACAAUUUGAGAGGAAUUAUCUUUUUGGAAAAGCUGGAACUUUUCUGGGAUUUUUUAUUUCAGCUCAUGAAAUAUGGAACACUUUACAUGUUGCGUUAUAUUUUUGUUCAGUAUAAAUGAUGGAAUUGAGAUUAUUCUGAUUUAAAUCAGUAAUUUUAUUGUAUUAUUUUGUAUAUACAACACAAAUAUUGCGGGAAAAUGGAGGCCGAUAAAGGUCGUCACUAGUUACCACAGCCGCAAAGUCAUAAAUCCCGCCUAUUUCUACUAUUUGUUCUUAAAAUUGUAUUUUAACCCGAAUCUUACCUACACUGCUAACCUUAAAUUAUAACCAAAAAGCACAUUUUUUGUUUUAAUAAAUUUGUACAAUAUAGCCAAUUAUGACUUUGGCUGUGGUAACUAGUGACAACCGCACAUAAACGAGUAUUUACGGUAAAUCACCAGCGCAACCUCGUCAGCUGUCCGGAACGAAACGGCCAACACCAACUCAAUUGCGCCGUUAGUAGUUAAUUUCCCAUUUCUCUCACGGGCACACGCAUAAACUCCUGUAGCCUAUUUGUGUAGCCAUGUCUUUCGAACUCGCUUUUCGUUGUCGUGUUGCCUCCAUUAUGGAAACUUUGACAGCAACAGCCUUGCAAGACAUCUGCCAACUUAUGGGCGAAACGUAUGCUGCUCUUCGAGUGGAAAUGGUGCAUGAACAAAACCAAAGUUCGAGGACAAAAUUGCAGGCGAUGGAGAAUGGGACAGGGGUGGAGAAUCCAGCGAAUUGCAUGGAGCGCAUUCAAAAACUCAGUGAGAUAAAAUAUUUAACGAUAGUUAUGCCUAUAUGCUAAUUGUCUGUAUAGGAAGCGGGGAUAGAUAUACAAUAGCUAGCUAUAUCGCCUAGCUAGCUAGCAGUCGCCUUUCUAUGAAAAUCCGAUAGUGAUAUUAUUCAUGACGUCACCUGAUCCUCCACGUCAGGAAUAACUACGCCCUCUAGGGGUUUCUGCGCUACAGUAGCGCUACAGUAGGCCUAUUGCUUUGCUCCAAUGUCUGCUUGGCUUGACAAAUACAAUCUAUUUCUCUGAUAAGUCUAUACCAUCAUGAGUGAUGAUGGCAUAUUUCCACUACAUGUUUUUGUGAAGUUUCAGCAUCGUAUAACAAAUAUUUUCAGAUUCUCAAGCUUUAUGUGUGUUAGCUUCCCCGCCAGGUUUGAGAAACUUCCCAGUUGUCGAACAAAUCCUCAAUGAACAAGAGGCCAAUGGUCUUUGGCUUGAAGGUGUUCCUACUGUGGAAGACGAAGGUCCACCAUCACUGGUACCAGAGGAAGAUCCAUCACAGCCUCUUGGUCAGACAACAGACAUGGUGAGUUGAGUUUGUUGAUUUUGUAAAGGUAGAUGCAGGUAACUGCCAAAAUAAAGGAAACACCAACAUAAAGUGUCUUAAUAGGGUGUUGGGCCACCAGAAGAUAUUCAAUGCGCUUGGAAUAGAUUCUACAAGUGUCUGGAACUCUAUUGGAGGGAUGCAACAUUUUCCCAUGAGAAAUUACAUAUUUGGUGUUUAGUUGAUAGUGGUGGAAAAUGCUGUCUCGGGUGCCGCUCCAGAAUCACCCAUAAGUGUUAAAUUGGGUCGAGUUCUGGUGACUGACACACACACACCCUUUAAACCCCCUAUGCUCCUUUGAGACCCCUCUUUCAAAGUCACUGAGAUCUCUUCUUCUAAACAUGGUAGCCAAAAUAAUGGGCAACUGGGCAUUUUUAUACAUGACCCUAAGUAUGAUGGGAUGGUAACAGGGCCUAAAAUUAACUUUUUGGUCCACCAGCCACUGUGUAAAGUAGAUUUAAAAAUCUACCAGCCACUCAGAUUUUGUACCAGCCAAAAUAUUCUCUCUAAAAUUACACCAACAAAACACAAACAUGGAUGAGCAUGCUUUAAUGUUUCUGAAACAAAUGUAUUACUAGUAAGACGUAUUGUGGUAUAUUGUUUAAUAAUUUUUUUUGUCACCUGAGUCUUUUAACCAAAAUAUCACAGAUGAGACAAAUAUUUUCACCUUGCCCUUUAAGGGCAGGAGGUUACCGUGGUAAUCAAAUCAAAUCAAAUGUUAUGUCACAUGCGCCGAAUACAACAGGUGUAAACCUUACAGUGAAAUGCUUACUUACAAGACCUUAACCAACAAUGCAGUUUCAAGAAAGAAUACCAAAAAAAAAUAGAAAUAAAAGUAACAAAUAAUUAUAGAGCAGCAGUAAAAUAACAAACACGAGGGGCCCCCGUGUUGAGGAGCAGCGUGGUGGAUGUGUUGUUACCUACCCUUACCACCUGGGGGCGGUCCGUUGGGAAGUCCAGGAUCCAGUUGCAGAGGGAGGUGUUUAGUCCCAGGGUCCUUAGCUUAGUGAUGAGCUUUGAGGGUACUAUGGUUUUGAACGCUGAGCUGUAGUCAAUUAAUAGCAUUCUCACAUAGGUGUUCCUUUUGUCCAGGUGGGAAAGGGCAGUGUGGAGUGCAAUAGAGAUUGCAUCAUCUGUGGAUCUGUUGGGGCGGUAUGCAAAUUGGAGUGGGUCUAGGGUUUCUGGGAUAAUGGUGUUGUGAGCCAUGACCAGCCUUUCAAAGCACUUCAUGGCUACAGACAUGAGUGCUACAGGUCGGUAGUCAUUUAGGCAGGCUACCUUGGUGUUCUUGGGCACAGGGACUAUGGUGGUCUCCUUGAAACAUGUUGGUAUUACAGACUCAGACAGGGAGAGUUCUACAGCUUAUAAUGAGAUACUCUACCUCAGGCGAGCAAAACCUUGAGACUUCCUUAGAUAUCGUGCACCAGCUGUUGUUUACAAAUAUACAUAGACCGCCACCCCUUGUCGUACCAGAGGCUGCUGUUCGAUCCUGCUGAUGGUGUAUAUUGCUACUUGAGUCAUGUUUGUGCCUGUGAGAUUGAGUCUGACUAGUAGCAGCGUUGUCUCCUUUUCCCUAGCAGUUGAACAUAGGAAACAAAAAUAACCUACCUUGUGAAAAAACAAUGUAAAUAGCCAAGAAACACAAGGACAAUGUCUCACUUCAGUGGACUUUAGUUUCAAGUAAGUUAGACUCAUUUGUAUGCCUGUGCACAAAAAGAAUGAAUCUUUCACUCAGCUCUUCACGUGCGCACAGCCCCCAGCCAGGCAGUGUUGUAGUGCGAGGUGGGAUAGGCUAUAUACUGUAGGAUUCCUAGUUCUUUGACUUUGAUUCAUUUACCAGCUAUGAAACAAAAUGGCAGAAAUACUUUGAAAACAGCUACUGCAGCAUUUAUUUUACUAUAAAUGUGAUUAUACUUUAAAAUGCUCGCACUUUGGAGCCCUGACCACCGCCAAUGUGGCUGGUGAAAUAGCCAUCUUACCCGCCAAUGUGGCUGGUGAAAUAGCCAUCUUACCCGCCAAUGUGGCUGGUGAAAUAGCCAUCUUACCCGCCAAUGUGGCUGGUGAAAUAGACAUCUUACCCGCCAAUUGGUGGGUGUUAAAUUUAGGCCCUGGAUGUUAACUACUUCAUAAACUUAGGAACCACACCUGUGUGGAAGCACCUGCUUUCAAUAUACUUUGUAUCCCUCAUUUACUCAAGUGUUUCCAUUAUUUUGGCAGGUACCUGUAUGUCUCAGAGCCUCUGGCUAUGCCCAGGUUUGAUUGAAAACCAUGUGACCAUCUCAUGCCCAGCAAACGUUAUAUGUCCAGUGUAUAAGGCCUGUAACUGCAAAUAAUAAGCCUUUAAAUGACACUUAGAUACACUAUACUAUCUAGGUUACAGAUAAAACCUUUAGGGCUGGUUUCACAAGGAUUCCUAAGCAUAAAACAUACCUUUCUGAAGAUAUUAAUUUUGUGUAAAAUAUACAGAGUAUACAAAACAUUAAGAACACCUGUUCUUUCCAUGACGUGUGAAAGCUAUGAUCCCUUAUUGAUGUCACUUGUUAAAUCGACUUCAAUCAGUGUAGAUCAGGGGUGUCAAACGCAAUCAGCGCAAGGCCCAUAUUGAAAAAAACACAACUAAUUUGCGGGCCAGACAUAACCUAUUAUGUUUGUUUUUACCAAAAAACCUAUCAUACAACAGCGACCCAAACUGGCCAUUAAGACCCUUUAUAAUGACCACUUAUGCUCACCUUCGAUGGCCACUGGCACGCUGGAGAAGUGUGCUUUUCACGGAUGAAUCCCGGUUUCAACUGUACCGGGUAGAUGACAAGACAGCGUGUACUGAACAAAAAUUAUAAACGCAACACAAAAAGCUUAUUUCUCUCAUGUUGUGGACAAAUGUGUUUACAUUCAUGUUAGUGAGCAUUUCUCCUUUGUCAAGAUAAUCCAUCCACCUGCCAGGUGUGGUAUAUCAAGAAGCUGAUUAAACAGCAUGAUCAUUACGCAGGUGCACCUUGUGCUGGGGACAAUAAAAGGCCACUCUGAAAUUUGCAGUUUUGUUGCACAACACAAUGCCACAGAUGUCUCAAGUUUUUAGGGAGCGUGCAAUUGGCAUGCUGACUGCAGGAAUGUCCACCAGAGCUGUUGCCAGAUAAUUUAAUGUUCAUUUCUCUACCAUAAGCUGCCUCCAAUGUCGUUUUAGAGAAUUUGGCAGUACGUACAACCGGCCUCAACCACAGACCACAUGUAACCACGCCAGCCCAGGACCUCCAUAUCCGGCUUCUUCACCAGCGGGAUCGUCUGAGACCAGCCACACGGACAGCUGAUGAAACUGUGGGUUUGCACAGCCUGCAUCUGCGUGCUCGUCGUCCUCACCAGGGUCUUGACCUGACUGCAGUUCGGCGUCAUAACCCACUUACAGUUGGCAAAUGCUCACCUUCGAUGGCCACUGGCACGCUGGAGAAGUGUGCUUUUCACGGAUGAAUCCCGGUUUCAACUGUACCGGGCAGAUGACAGACAGCGUGUAUUGCGCAGAGAUACCGUGACGAGAUCCUCAGGCCAUCAUGUUUCAGCAUGCAUGGCCCCAUGUUGCAAGGAUCUGUACACAAUUCCUAGAAGCUGAAUAUGUCCCAGUUCUUCCAUGGCCUGCAUACUCACCAGACACGGCACUCAUUGAGCAUGUUUGGGAUGCUCUGGAUCGACGUGUAAGACAGCGUGUUCCAUUUCCCGCCAAUAUCCAGCAACUUCUCACAGCCACAUUCCACAGGCCACAAUCAACAGCCUGAUCAAAUCUAUGUGCUGCAUGAGGUAACUGGUGGUCAUACCAAAUGUUGACUGGUCUUCUGAUCCAUGGACCUACUUUUUAUUUUUUAAAGGUAUCUGUGACCAACAGAUUCAUGUCUAUUCCCAGUCAUGUGAAAUCCAUAGAUUAGGGCCUAAUUUAUUUAUUUCAAUUGACUGAUUUCCUUAUGAACUGUAACUCAGUAAAAUCUUUGAAAAGGUUGCGUUUAUAUUUUUGUAUAGGAUGCUGUAUGUAGCGUUUUUAACAUAUUAAAACAAAAGAUAAAUAAUAUUUUCCCAGCCUUUGCUGCUAUGCUUGCAGAUGUCCAUAAUAUGCUGCGACCCUAAUCAAAAAAUAUUUAAUAACUCCAAAUAACAAAAACGUAGCUAGGUUGUUGUAACAUUUAAAUUGAAACAUGUUUUUCAUUUUUUUGCACCGCAUGCAUCACCGGUGUGGUUGAAUGCAGCAUUGCUGUAUGGUGCACUCAAAAUGUAUUGUAGCCAGCCUAGGCUACUGCUCAAAUGUUUCUGUAACCGGCCGACAUGUUUCUCCUUUGCGCAGUGUUUUGUUUUUUGGUUAUUCAUUGUUAAGCUUUAAAAACCGAAGACAAACUGCAACAUUUUACUAGGACUGUGACAUGUGUCCGUACACUUUCAACCUCUGCUGCGUGCGAUAAACGGGACACACGAAGCAGCGCAAUUGAUGUUGAAUUCACCGAUGUGAGCCCAUCAGGCUGUAAUUUCAUAAAGUAGAUGACUCAACUGUUGACUCAUUUAUACUCGCUUGUGUGUCCUAUUUUCCUUUAGUAAUUUAUACCCAUGUGUGAAUCCUUUAUAACUUUUUGACAACCAAGAUGACAUUUCCUGUAGGCUACAGCAAUGACCCGUUGGAACCGAAACUGGCCAUGAACAUUUAGCCUACAAGACGAUUAAACUUUCGGUCCGGUAGAAGAUUCGGUCAGUGCCAUUAGUGAUGACAUGAUACAGUACACUGGCUGGUGUGUGUGUCUGGGAUGAGGUGUGUGUGUGUGUGUGUGUCUGGGAUGAGGUGUGUGUGUGUGUGUUUGUCUGGGAUGAGGUGUGUGUGGCAAUGCACUGCGGUUUGGCGUGCAGCACGUUGGCAGUGCUUGUAGUGCAGCGCAUCGCAGGGCUGUAUGGAAGCGUGCCAAAAUGACUUGACAACCCAAUGUGUCGUGGGCCGGAUUUGGCACGAGAUGAAGGGGAGGAUAGAGAUUAAAGAAGGAUUUUUAAGCCUUGAGACAAUUGAGACAUGGAUUGUGUAUGUGUGCCGUUCAGAGGGUGAAUGGGCAAGACAAAAGAUUUAAGUGCCUUUGAACGGGGUAUGGUAGUAGGUGAUGGGCCAACAGGUUUGUGUCAAGAACUGCAACGCUGCUGGGUUUUUCACACAACAGUUUCCCGUGUGUAUCAAGAAUAGUCCACCACCCAAAGGACAUCCAGCCAACGACACAUUGGAAGCAUUGGAGUCAACAUGGGCCAGCAUCCCUGUGGAACGCUUUCGACACCAUCUAGAGUUAAUUCCCCGACAAAUCAAGGCUGUUCUGAGGGCAAAAGGGGGUGCAACUCAAUAUUAGGAAGGUGUUCUUAAUGUCUUGUACACUCAGUGUAUUCCAUGAUGUGUUCAACAUAUUCCAUUAUUUUGGUGUCAUUCCCCCUGUUUAAUGUUUUCUAUUUAUUUAUUUAUUUCAAAAACUGACAUAAAGAUGUUAGUGUAACCAUUUAUUAAUGAUCUACUAGUUUAAUUAAAGGUUGUCUUUUGGAAGGGGGUGGAGACAUGGCCAGCACCACCGAUCAUCAAACAGGAGGAUAUGGAUGAUGAUGAUGACAUGGAGUCUCAAGGUACGUUUAAUCUAUUAUUGUAAUCUAUGUUCAAUACAAAAGCACAGACUAGCUCAACGACACUCUAACUUGUAACAAUUAUAGUCACUGUGUGUUGUUGGUGACUUCCUUUCCAGCUUACGGCAAGUGGAUUCCAGAGACACAUGGGGCCAAUCAGAAUAUCACAGGAGAAAGUAAUGAGCAAGAGAGAAGUCAAUCAUCUGGGGGAUCCAAAGAACUUAGACUCGAGGACUUCAAGACAGAACAGAAUCCGUUGCUGGUCUCAACUGAGGAUGCUGCUGCACCCGUAAAGAAGAAAUAUGAUAAAAGGUACACCUGUGAAAUAUGUGGAAAGACUGAGACCAAGAAAGCCAGAAUGACGAGUCACAUGAGAAGGCACACAGGGAUGCCCUUUAACUGCGAUAUCUGUGGCGAGAAAUUCCAGUGUCAGAAAUUAUUGACAAGGCACAAGCGCUCCAAUCACUACACAGGGAUCAUCUACAGUUGCUCUGUGUGCGGAAAAACUUUCAUGCAGGCCACAUCUCGCGACACGCAUGAGCGUGGUCACACUGGAAAAAACUAUUGGUGCUCAGACUGUGGUGAGACGUUCAAGGAGCGCCAGGAACGCGACACGCACGAGUGCAUUGUUUACAAAGGUGACCGGCCCUUCAGCUGCUCCGAGUGCAACAAGGACUUUGAAAGGCAGUACCAUCUCAAAAAACACCAGCUGGAAAAACACCCUCUAAUGGUGGACCAGACUGUCGACCCUGAACCUGAGUCAAAGCACUUUGAGGACCAACAGAGUCCGUUGUCUGAGAGUUCUGAGGCACCCACGUGUUUCACCUGUGACAUAUGUGGAAUGAUUAUUAUGAAUAAAGGCAACAUUAACAGACACAUGUUAACACACACAAAGAAGCCCUUUAGUUGUGAUAUCUGUGGUGAGAAUUUUAAGCGCAAAGCCCAAUUUACCCGACAUCAGGGCAAACACACGAGAGUUGAGGAGAAAAUAGAAAAAGCCUACAGUUGCACUGUGUGUGGAAUGAUGUUUGUAUAUUCUAAAAUGCGCAACAACCAUGAGCGCAAACACAUUGGAGAAGACUAUUGUUGUUCAGACUGUGGCAAGACGUUCAAGGAGCGCCAGGAUCGCGACACGCACGAAUGCAUUGUUUAUAAGGGAGACCGGCCCUACAGCUGCUCAGAGUGCAAUGAGGACUUUGAAAGGCAGUACCAUCUCAAAAAACACCAGCUGGAAAAACACCCUCUAAUGGUGGAGCAGACUGUUGACCCAGAGCCUGAGUCAAAGCACUUUGAGGACCAAACGAGUCAGUUUGAGUCAGCUGAGAGUUCUGAGACUGAGGCACCCACGUGUUUCACCUGUGACAUAUGUGGAAUGAUUAUUAUGAAUAAAGGCAACAUUAACAGACACAUGUUAAUACACAAAAAGAAGUCCUUUAGUUGUGAUAUCUGUGGUGAGAAUUUUAAGCGCCACGCCUGUUUAGCCAAACAUCAAGGAAAACACAAGAGCGUUGAGGAGAAAAUAGAACCAUACAGUUGCUCUAUGUGCGGAAUGACGUUUGUAUAUCCUAAAAUCGCGAGACAACCAUGAAUGCAAACACAUUGGAGAAGACUACUGGUGCUCAGACUGUGGCAAGACAUUCAAGGAGCGCCAGGAUCGCGACGUGCACAAGUGCAUUGUUUACAAGGGAGACCGGCCCUUCAGAUGCUCAGAGUGCAAUGAGGACUUCGAAAGACAGUACCAUCUCAAAAGACACCAGCUGGAAAAGCACCCUCUAAUGGUGGACCAGCCACGUCCCGGUCAUGAUACUGAUAUGGUAGUUCAGGGAGCACAGCCUUCAACUGACAAUGAUCUUAAGGCCGAAAUGAGUACGUUAGGUGGAAAAGUUCCAGUAACAUGAGUUAAAGUUGACAAGUGAAAUGGCUUCAACUGAAUUAAGAUGUUUUGUAAAGUACAAAAAGGAUAGACAUGAAAUUGAAUGAAGGGAUGACGGAUAGAGUUGGAAAUAGUAUGUAGAACAUUGAUGGGACUGGGAUUCAAUCCCACACAAGCAGGGGAUUGCAUAUCCGCAGAGGGUGGUGGCCUUUACUGCACAACUAACUUUAGGCACCUGGAUGAUGUUUUACAGCAAUUUCUAAUGCUCAUUUUGGGCCUAGAUUCGAUCUGGACUGUUAUAGCGCACUUCACAUUUAAAGGUAAUUUCCGAUUUGAGCCGAAAUAUGCAGCAUUUAACGUGAAUAGACUGUGAUUCCCAAACCACCCACUCGCCCCUACCAACUCACUCGGAGAGCCCUCCGUUGUCACGUGUUGCUGACGAAACUCAGAGGGUGACUUCCAAAGAGUGGCGAGGGGCUCAAUAAACCUAUCAACUUUGGGACACACUCGUGGGUAUACUGAUGAUUUGUUUACAUAGGUUAGGAUAAUUAACGUAGCAGGUUAGGAGAAGGAGGUUAAGGUUAGGAACAGGGUUCGAGUUAGGCUUAUCUAAAAUGCUACAGUUGUCAACAACUAGAUGGAGCUGUAGGCCUACUCCAUCUAGCCACAACCAUAGAAACCAUCAGCUAUGUCAGGGGUUCCCAAACUUUUUCGCUCAGGCUGCCCUUCCAGCAUUGGGCAACAUCCCACGCUCCAUGUCUAUUUCUCUGUUCACACUGCUCUUGUUGGUGGAGAGAAUUUUGCAGGGUUAAAUCCUAUUUCUUGUAAUCUACACAUUUUGUCAUGAGGUGCAGAGAAAAUGUUGCUGUUUUAAAUCUCAUUUUCAAUUCUAUACAUUUUGCCGUGUCUAAUGUGUAUUCAUGUGAUAUGAGUGACUCCAACAUUACAACAAAAUAUAUGGGCAAAAAUAUGCUAAAAACCGUUGGACAGCAAGGGUUUUUAGAAGCGGUGUGUUAAUCAAAAUGGAAUUGAGAAGUCUUAUGACUCAGUGGUUUCAGUAACAGCAUUUAUGUUUAAGGUUUGUCAACUCGACAUGUUAAUGCUUUUUGAGAGGAAUAAAAAUGUCAACUUGUGAUAUCGUUUAGUUUUAUUAUUUUGCAUGUACAAUACAAAUACUCAAACAGCAGGUGAAAUUAAAGAGGCAGAUAAACGACUGUUUACGGUAUAUCACCGGCGCAACCUCGUCAGCUGUCCGGAACCAAACGGCCACCAGCAAUUCAAAGGUUCCACAGUAACUUCACACAAACUAGGCUAAAUUAGCGAGGUUGGUGAAUUUUGUAGCCAUGUCUUUCGAACUCGCCUUUCGUUCUCGUGUUGCCUUCAUUAUGGAAACUUUGACAGAAAAAGCCUUGCAAGACAUCUGCCAACUUAUGGGAGAAACGUAUGCUGCUCUUCGAGUGGAAAUGUUGCAUGAACAAAACCAAAGAUCGAUAAAGUUGCAGUCGAUGGAGAAUAGCAUCGGGAAGGAGAAGCCAGCUAACUGCAUGGAGAGCAUUCAAAAACCAGGUGAGAGCUAGCUAAGUUAGCCUAUACGCAUAAUAACCAGGUGUCUGUAUGAAGCUUGGAUACAAUUGGCUAGCAAGCCAUGUCACUACCCCACUUGUCGGCUACAGUAACUAGUUAACGUUAGUAGCCUCUUCACUCCGGGAGACCUGUAACCUUACACAUCUCGGGCGAAGAGGCUAUCUAACAGUCGCCUGUCUGGGGGGGGGGCGCCUUGGCUCCAAGUCUGGACAGUAACUCCUCUCUCGUCUCUAACGUGUAGGCUCACUUUUUAACAGUCCCAUCACAAGUCAGACUUGAAUAAACUUAAUUUGAACGUACUUUACCAGUUGUCCACUGAUUUUGUCCUUAUGUAGGAGGUAAUCUGAGACAAAAUACAUGUUUAUUUUAUUUAUUUAACUAGGCAAGUCAGUUAAGAACAAAUUAUUAUUUACUAUGACGGCCUAUAGUAUCCAGAGUAGUGUUAAUAACCCGACUUUCAGUACGCUGGUCGGUUUUGUAUUUUCAAUGCUGACGCAAUUUGCACGCCACUUGAACAAUAUGUUAACAAUUGCCGAGUUUAACCGAAGAGCAAGACCAAACAUUGUUCCACACAAGCACCUGGCAACUUUCACAAGCACUUCCAGCUGAUUGCGACAAAAUGCGCUUUGGUUGAAAACGUUCGGCUAUUGUUUACAUAUUGUGCAUCACGUGAAAUGCGUCAGGAGAUGGAAAAUAAACAGAACCUACUAGUGCAGCAAAAGGUUGGGUAAACAACACUUUCCUGUGGUUACCCGAUCUCCACUUCCUACCGCCAAAAGGACCAACGGACAACCGGUAGAUAUGUUAAAAUAACAUUGUAUUCAACAUUCUGUCUUGUAGAGACGAUUGCAUGUUUUUUUACGAACUGAUAUCCACGGAGUAACCUUGGUAACAGUCUGUUGCCAGUAGAGUUAGUAUGACUAUUACUAUGCUACUAUCAUUCUCCUUAGUGAAAAGUUGCUAGAGAAUAUAUUUCUCAGAUAAAGAUGGCUACGCCAUCCUGCCAUGAUGAUGGCAUUUCCACUAUGCAGUGGUGGAAAAAGUACUCAAUUGUCAUACUUGAGUAAAAGUGAAGGUACCUUAAUAGAAAAUGACUCAUGUUAAAGUGAAAGUCACCCAGUAAAAUACUAAUUGAGUAAAAGUCAAAGUAUUUGGGUUUUAAAUAUACUUCUUAAGUAUUAAAAGUAAAUGGAAUUCCUAAAAUGUACUUAAGUAUCAAAAGUAGAAGUAUAAACCAUUUCAAAUUCCUUAUUUUAAGCAACCAGAAGGCACAAUUUUCAUAUUUGUAUUGACGGAUAGCCAUGGGCACACUCCAACACACAGACAGUUUACAAAUGAAGCAUUUGUGUUUAGUGAGUCCGCCAGAUCAGAGGCAGUAGGGAUGACCAGGGAUGUUCUCUUGAUAAGUGUGUGAAUUGGACCAUUUUCCUGUCAAUGUAAGAAGUACUUUUGGAUGUCAGGGAAAAUAUAUGGAGUAAAAAGUACACUAUUUUCUGUAGGAAUGUAGUUUAGUAAAAGUUGUCAAAUAUAAAUGGUAAAGUACAGAUACUACUGAAGUCGUUUUUUGGUAUGUUAAAGUAUUUUUACUUAAGUACUUUACGCCACUGUUUGUGAAAUCUGAGCCUCGAUAUCCCUGUUUUGUGUUGAACAACAUUUUUAGAAAAUCUCAAUCUGUUUUUGUAUGUUAGCUUCCCCAACAGGUUUGAGAAACUUCCCAGUCGUGGAGCAAAUCCUCAAUGAACAAGAGGCCAAUGGUCUUUGGCUAGAAGGUGAUCCUACUGUGGAAGACAAAGGUCCACCAUCACUGUUACCAGAGGGAGAAGAGCCAUUGCAGCCUCUUGGUCAGAUGACAGACAUGGUGAGUUUAGCUUGUGGUUUGGCUGCUGAUUUUGUAAGGGUAGAUAUGUCUCAGAGCUGCUCUGGCUAGGCCCAGCCAUAUUUAAUUGAAAACCAUGCGAACUCGUGCUCUGCAAAAGUGUCACGUCCUGUGUAGCAGGCCUGUAACUGCAAAUAAUAAGGCUUUGAAUGAUGCCUAGGCAAGCUCUAUACUGUCUAGGCUACAGAUGAUAAAACGUUUAGGGCUCCCAAGGAUACUCAUUUAAACAUAAAUGCCCUUCUGAAGAAAUGUAUAUGUGUACAAUAUAACAUUAUUUUGGUGUCAUUCCCCCUGUUUUGUUUUUAUAUAUAAAAAACAAUUGUUUUAACAAAGAUGCUAGUGUAACUGUUGCUGUAUGAUCCUACUGGCCUAAAGGCUGAUAAGAGUUCAUAACAGCAUUGGUUGUCUUUUGGAAGGGGGUGGAGACAUGGCCUGCACCACUGGUCAUUAAACAGGAGGAAAUGGAUGAUGAUGAAAUGGAGUCUCAAGGUCAGUUGAAGCUAUUAUUUGAAUGUAUGUUUAAUACAAAAAGCACAGGCAAACUCUGCAGUAGGAGUUAUACUCUUAGCUUCUGUAUUGGCCAAUAUGGGUCACUGUGAAACAUCCCUGUGAAAUGUAUUGUUGGUGACUUCCUUUCCAGGUUACAGCGAGUGGAUUCCAGAGACUCACAAGGCCAACCAGAAUAUCACAGGAGAAAGUGAUGAGGAAGAGAGAAGUCAAGCCUCUGGGGGAUCCAAAGAACUUGGACUCGAGGACUUAAAGAGAGAACAGAGUCCGUUGCUGGUGUCAACUGAGGAUGCUCCGGCACCCGUAAAGAAGAAAUAUAAUAAAAGGUACACUUGUGAAAUAUGUGGAAAAACUGAGAACAAAAAACGCAGAAUGACAAGUCACAUGAUAACACACACAGGGAUGCCCUUUAGCUGCAAUAUCUGUGGUGAGAAAUUCAAGUUUCAGAAUUUCUUGACCAGGCACCAGCGAUCCAAACACACAGUGAAAACCUACAGUUGCUCUAUGUGCGAAAAAACCUUCCUGCAGGCCACAUCUCGUGACACGCAUGAGCGUGGUCAUGCUGGAAAAAACUAUUGGUGCUCAGACUGUGGUGAGAUGUUCAAGGAGCGCGGGGAUCGUGACACGCACGAGUGCAUUGUUUACAAAGGAGAACGGCCCUUCAGCUGCUCCGAAUGCAGUGAAGCCUUUCAAAGGCAGUACCAUCUCAAACAACACCAGCUGGAAAAACACCCUCUAAUGGUGGAGCAGACUGACGACCCAGAAAAUCGAGUUGAGGAGACUAUAGAAAAACCCUGCAGUUGCUCUGUGUGUGGAAUGAUGUUUGUAUAUCCUAAAUCGCGAGACAACCAUGAACGCAAACACAUUGGAGAAGACUACUGGUGCUCAGGCUGUGGCAAGACGUUCAAGGAGCGCCAGGAUCGCGAUACGCACGAGUGCAUUGUUUAUAAGGGAGAUCGGCCCUUCAGAUGCUCAGAGUGCAAUGAGGACUUUGAAAGACAGUACCAUCUCAAAAAACACCAGCUGGAAAAACACCCUCUAAUGGUGGACCAGCCACGUCCUGGUCAUGAUACGUAAAAAAAAAUUUUUGCCGUACGAAACAUACGCAGACAAACAGCCACAACAUCACCCUGCCCAGACCCACCUGCUCACACCCCCAUCUCCAGCGCCCGCAACAGUCUCCGCCACAUGGCCUCAAACUGCACCAUUUUGUUUCUCUCUCUCUGUUUCAACAUUUAGAUAAUAAAGGAUUUGACCUUUCCAUUGUGUUAACGAUGGAGGAUUGGUUGAUUUUACAGUUUAAGUAUACGUUUAAGAUGAUUGACGAGAAAAGUAUCUCUCUGCACCCACGUAUGCCAUGUCUUGAAAUAUGCAGACAGACAGAAUAAAAGUACAUUUCCAUUGUAAUACUUCUGACAGCCAACUUUCUAACUCCGCCCAUAACUUUUGGACUUUAUAGCAUUCCCAGAAGGCAUGGGUUAUUGAGUCAUUGUUAGUUUUACACUUAAGACAUAAUUUGGCCGUUGUGCUGUAAAAUUUGUGAAUUUCGUUUCUUGUGUAAUAAAUUCUAUACAUUAGUUUAUACAGGAUUAAGUGUACAUUUUUGUUCUUUGUAAUUUUGUUAUUUAUGUUCCAACAUUCCCUCCAAUUUGUGCCAAUAGAGCCCCACAGUGGAGCUGUCAUAAUACCCAUAAAUCUAGCGGUCAAACUGGGAAAUGGUUCCAAUCGUUUUCCACCAUUCAUUUUCUCCAUAGGGGAUUUUAGAAACACUUAAAAUAAGGGCUGUGUUUUGUGUAGGCUUAUCCUGGUGUGACGUUUUGAUAACCAUGUAAAUCUCUCUCGGACAAGGUGACUUAUCAAUAUAUUCGGCUCUAUUUACUCUUGAUUCGAAAAUGUUAAUUAGCAUCAAAGUAGACAUGCAAAACUACAAAUCCCCCCACAUCAUCUCUAGCUGACACCUUUGCUAACAGGUAUUGUGUCAAUUUAAAACUUGCACAAGACAGUACACAGAAUUGUAAAUUAAGAAAUGUAGCCAAUUUAUUCAUUACUACAUUUAGCUAACAUUAGUUAAUCUAGAGAUUCUUACCUUUGCCUCGAUUCGGCAGUCUAGUCCAGAUCGUCAUUGGCAUUUGUAGUUUAUGAUAGACACAUUAGCAAAAACUAAUUUUUUUUUUUUGGGGGGGGGCGGUAAAUACAGGCGAAUAUAUUGAUGUCACCUUGUCAUAGAGAGAUUUACACUUAUCAAAACGUCACGCCAGGGUAAGCCUACACAAAACACAGCCCUUAUUUUAAGUGUUUCUAAAAUCCCCUAUGGGGAAAAAUGAAUGGUGGAAAACGAUUGGUUCCAUUUCCGUUUGACGGCUAGGUUUUAUGGGUAUUAUGACUUCUCAGUUCUUGGUUCCAAUGUAUAUAUUUUUUGUAAGUGAUUGUCAGUUGGGUAGGCUCUCUGCAAAGUUUUGUAUAUCUUACCUAUCAUAUGAAUAUCCUUUUCUGACUCAAAUAGGAUUCCCUCAAGAUGUUCUGAUGUCCAAAAGAUUUCAAAUACAAAUGUAUUGAAAUUCAACUUUUAAGUUGUAUGUAUUUAAAAAAUAUCUAAAUUGGUCAGUCCAUUUUUUUGCAUGGACUGCGUCUCAAUCCACCGCGAGUCCCACGGGACUCGUCUGAUGUCGGUACCAUAGAUGUGCCAACUAAUGUUUGUAGCGUCGGAACUGUUUUGGCUACAAACUGUGACCCCACUGUGGGAAGGGGAGAUUCUCACCCAUCGGUUUCUUGGACCAAUCAGAACCGUUAUGUGUUUGCGUUCUACAAAUCAUCUGGAAGGAUUUAAAUACAGACUCGUUGCAGAGAAUAAACGUUUGUGGGCGUGGCGUUUGGCUGGAGCGUUGCGUUUGGGUAGCCAGGCAAGGGGAUCAAUAAACCCAUCAACCCGGGACACACAUAUGACUUGAAUGAUGCAAUUCAUGUUCCACGUUUAAAUAAUAAAACAAGCAUGAAAUUCAAAAGAAAUCCCCCCUGUUGUUAUACAAGAUAUAAACCUCAGUAACAGUUACACAUUUUAAUUUGGGAGGUAUUUAAUCUUGUACAUGUGUCAAGUAUCGAAAUCCGCCAUAAACGAAUGCACGUGGCAUAUAAUUAGGCACCCGCCAUUAUUUUGUGUGAAAUUACACAAACUCAAUAACUCUGUGCCUUAUGGGAUUUCACUUCGCUCUGAAGCCAGCAGUGUUGCUGUAAAGGAGGAUCUAAUUAAUUAGCAGGUUAGGAGAACUAACGUAGCAGGUUAGAAUAACUAAUGUAGCAAAUUAGGUUUAGCAAGUUGUCAACAACUGUUGUCCCUGACGCGACAACUAGAUGGAGCUGUAGGCCUACUCCAUCUAGCCACAGCCAUAGAAACCAUCAGCUAUGUAAACAAACCAUCAGUCCCGACAAACCAUCCAGUGGAGGCUGAGGGGAGGACGGCUCAUAAUAAUGGCUGGAACGGCGUAAAUGUAAUGGCAUCAAACACAUGUAAUUGAUACCAUUCCACGAAUUCCGCUCCAGCCAUUACCACGAGCCCGUCCUCCACAAUUAAGGCGCCACCAACCUCCUGUGAAACUAUCAGUAUCAUAACACCGGUCUUAAUUUAUUUUAGGGUGUAUUGUGUUACCUGCAAUUGUGUAUUGUUUUGAAUAUUGGAUUUUCCCUUUCAUGUCAGUAAAUCAUUUUUGAAUCUGGACAGCAAGGGUUGUAGAAGAGGUGUUAAUGAAAAUGAUGGAAUUGAGAACUUUCUUGUGACAUCAGUGGUUUCAGUAACAGUAUUUUAAAGGUUUGUCAACUCAAUAUGUUCUUGCUUUUUGAGAGGAAUAAAAAUGUAUCAACCUGUUAUAUCGUUUAAUUUUAUUAUUUUGCAUGUAUAACACAAACACUCAAACAGCUGGUCAAUUUAAGGUGGCAGAUAAACGAGUGUUUACGGUAUAUCACCGGAGCAACCUCGUCAGCUAUCCGGAACCAAACGGCCACCAGCAAUUCAAUCGUUCCACCACAGACAGAAGGGUUUAGUUUUAAUUUAUAACAUAUUUGGUUCCACAUUCAUUUCAUUCUAGCACACUAGCUAACAUUUACCAGGCUAAAUUAGCGAGACUGGUGAAUUUUGUAGCCAUGUCUUUCGAACUCGCUUUUCGUUCUCGGGUUGCCUCCAUUAUAGAAACUUUGACAGAAAAAGCCUUGCAAGACAUCUGUCAACUUAUGGGAGAAACGUGUGCUGCUCUACGAGUGGAAAUGGUGCAUGAACAAAACCAAAGAUCGAUAAAGUCGCAGGCGAUGGAGAAUAGCAUCGGGAAGGAGAAGCCAGCGAUCUGCAUGGACAGUAUAAAAAAAUCCGGUGAGUAAUGACUCGCUAAAUUAGGUAUUAUGCGUAUAGGCUAUUUGUCUGUGUAGGAAGCUCGGAUACAAUUACUUCCCCACAUGUCGGCUAGCUAGCUAGUAGACUCUUCGCUCCUGGAGACCUGUAUCGUUACACAUCUCCCGGAGCGAAGAGGAUGGCUAACUAGAUAGCAGUCGCCUGUCUGUGACGGACGGGCGUCCUGGCUCCAAUUGUGGCUUGUAGUUAGCGGACUAAACUCCACUCCAUGGUGAAAGAGACUUCCUUCACCAUGAAGUGGAGUUAAGUCUGCUAGCCAGUAAUUGCCCUAUUGCUUAGCUCCUAUCAUCUCCUUAGUGAAAAGGUACUAACUAUAUAGCAAAUACAAUCUAUUUCUCAGAUAAACGUAGCUAUACCAUGAGUGAUGGCAUAUUUCCAUUAUGUUUAUGAAAUCUGAGCCUCGUUAUCCCGAUUUUGUAUUGAUCCACAUUUUCAGAAAAUCUGUGUUUGUAUGUUAACUCCCUCACCAGGUUUGAGAAACUUCCCAGUCGUUGAUCAAAUCCUCAAUGAACAAGAGGCCAGUAUUUGGCUAGAACGUGAUCCUACUGUGGAAGACAAAGGUCCGCCAUCACUGGUACCAGUGGGAGAAGAGCAAUCACAGGCUCUUAGUCAGACAACAGACAUGGUGAGUUGAGCUUGUGGUUUGGCUGUUGAUUUUGUAAGGGUAGAUAUGUCUCACAGAGCGCGUUGUUUAGGCACAGGUUUAAUUGAAAACCAUAUGAGCAUCUCACGCCCAGCAAAAGUUACAAAUCCAGUGUAGCAGGCCUGUAACUGUAAAUAGUACAUUUAGGCUUUGAAUGACACCUAGAUAAACGCUAUAUACCAUCUAGGCUACAGAUAAAACGUUUUAGGUCUGGUUCCACAAUGAUUUUCCUGUAAAGGCGAAGUAAACUUUAUUUGAACCAAAUCACUAUUUUCGAUGUAAAUUACAUGUUAUAGAAGUACACAGACACCUUUUUGUUGUUGUUGCUAUCUCACUUGUUUUUGAGAACCUUACCACUCCAGCGAUAUACUUCCUCAUGCUCGUUCAGCAGUUGUAGGAGCACAGAAAAACAUGAACAAAGGCUAAAAAACAAACACACAAAUACCUCAUUUUAGGAACGGCAACAGUCUCAUCAUAGUGAUGCAUGUCUUUAGAUGUUAUACACAUUAAAUUGUCAUUACCAACGUUAUCCGCAAUGUUAUAUAUUCAAUUUUGUGCGACUACAGCGGUUUAUCCUACCAGCUGGGCUGCUUCUCCUUGUAGCCCGCGCAGCACAGCUAGUAUAAAACAUGCCCUUCCAUAUACAUUUAUUUGUGUUCAACAUAUGACAUGACACCUAAAUCAUGUAAUUCCUCCUGUAUUGUAACCGAAAGAAAGAUGUAACUGCUUAUGUAUGAUCUACAAGUUUAGUAAAGGCAGAUAAGUUAAUUACAUUAAUUGUCUUUUGGAAGGGGGUGGAGACAUGGCCAGCACCACUGGUCAUAAAACAGGAGGAUGAUGAUGAUGAUGAUGACAUGGAGUCUCAAGGUCAGUGGAAGUUAUUAUUUUAAUCAAUGUUCAAUACAAAACAGACAAGCUGAGUUUUACUCUUCUUUGAAACAAUUAUAGCUUCUGUAUUGGCCAAUAUGAUGGGUCGCUGUGAAACAUCCCUGUGAAAUGUAUUGUUGGUGACUUCCUUUCCAGGUUACAACAAGUGGAUUCCAGAGACUCACAAGGCCAACCAGAAUAUCACAGGAGAAAGUGAUGAGGAAGAGAGAAGUCAAGCCUCUGGGGAAUCCAAAGAACUUGGACUCGACGACUUCAACAGAGAACAGAGUCAGUUGCUGGUGUCAACUGGGGAUGCUGCAGCACCCAUGAAGAAUAAAUAUAAUAAUAUAAAUAUAAAAAGGAACACCUGUGAAAUAUGUGGAAAGAUUGAGACCAAUAAAGGCAGAAUGACAAGUCACAUGAUAAAGCACACAGGGCUGCCCUUUAGCUGCGAUAUCUGUGGCAAGAAAUUCAAGCGUCAAGACUUCUCGACCAGACACAAACGCUCCAAACACAACCCAGGGAUCACUUACAGUUGCUCGCUGUUGGAGAGUCCGGAACUGGAAAACAGCUGUGAAGAGAGUGAGUAUGAGUAUGAGCCACCAUCUAAAAUGAGGAUCCCACAACCAGAGCCAUCUGUGCGCAGACUAGGAGCCAUGCACAUGCCUGAGAUGAUGGAUACCAAGCAUGCAGAAAGAUGCAGAAAUAAGGGCUGCAAGAGCAAGACGUACAUGAGAUGUACCAAAUGCAAGAUGUUCCUCUGCAUUACCAAAAAGAGAAAUUGCUUCCAGGACUUUCACCACUAACAAAGAAAAUACUAAGAACAAAAUGAAGAGUGAAGGAAAAAGCUAGAUUGGAUUCAGUUUGACAGAAGGAAAAAAUCCAAAAUAAAUCUGUUACACAUUAGUUAUAUGUUCAUUGUUCAAAUAACACUGAAAGGAUUCAAGGGGACCAAUCAAAGGAUAUGGACAUAACAAAGUGUUAAGCUUUAAUAGUAAAGCUAUCCUUGCGAAAUGUAAGGAAAAGGAUUCAAGAAUGAUGAAUGUGUAUUGUAUAAUCAAAAUGUCUGUAUUCUUGGAUGAUAAUAAUCAAUCUACAGCCCAAAAUGUAUGUAUUCUUAGUUCAUAAAAACUCUGUAAUCUGUAAGAACUCUGUAAAAAAUUUGUAUCUACCAAAUGUGUCUCUUUUCGUACUCAAAUGAUCCUGUUGUCCACUACAGUGGACAUGCUGUAAAAUAAAUUUUUUAAAUUAAAAUGUGGAAAUUGUAGGAUGCUUUUUUUAACCCUAAACAGUUAUUGAAUCACAAAAAAUAUGAUUAGGAAAAACCAUAUUUUCCUUGGUUCUCAGGAGGUUAAUAGAAAAUGACUCAUGUUAAAGUGAAAGUCACCCAGUAAAAUACUAAUUGAGUAAAAGUCAAAGUAUUUGGGUUUUAAAUAUACUUAAGUAUUAAAAGUAAAUGGAAUUCCUAAAAUGUACUUAAGUAUCAAAAGUAGAAGUAUAAACCAUUUCAAAUUCCUUAUUUUAAGCAAACCAGAAGGCACAAUUUUCAUAUUUUUAUUGACGGAUAGCCAUGGGCACACUCCAACACACAGACAGUUUACAAAGGAAGCAUUUGUGUUUAGUGAGUCCGCCAGAUCAGAGGCAGUAGGGAUGACCAGGGAUGUUCUCUUGAUAAGUGUGUGAAUUGGACCAUUUUCCUGUCAAUGUAAGAAGUACUUUUGGAUGUCAGGGAAAAUAUAUGGAGUAAAAAGUACACUAUUUUCUGUAGGAAUGUAGUUUAGUAAAAGUUGUCAAAUAUAAAUGGUAAAGUACAGAUACUACUGAAGUCGUUUUUUGGUAUGUUAAAGUAUUUUUACUUAAGUACUUUACGCCACUGUUUGUGAAAUCUGAGCCUCGAUAUCCCUGUUUUGUGUUGAACAACAUUUUUAGAAAAUCUCAAUCUGUUUUUGUAUGUUAGCUUCCCCAACAGGUUUGAGAAACUUCCCAGUCGUGGAGCAAAUCCUCAAUGAACAAGAGGCCAAUGGUCUUUGGCUAGAAGGUGAUCCUACUGUGGAAGACAAAGGUCCACCAUCACUGUUACCAGAGGGAGAAGAGCCAUUGCAGCCUCUUGGUCAGAUGACAGACAUGGUGAGUUUAGCUUGUGGUUUGGCUGCUGAUUUUGUAAGGGUAGAUAUGUCUCAGAGCUGCUCUGGCUAGGCCCAGCCAUAUUUAAUUGAAAACCAUGCGAACUCGUGCUCUGCAAAAGUGUCACGUCCUGUGUAGCAGGUCUGUAACUGCAAAUAAUAAGGCUUUGAAUGAUGCCUAGGCAAGCUCUAUACUGUCUAGGCUACAGAUGAUAAAACGUUUAGGGCUCCCAAGGAUACUCAUUUAAACAUAAAUGCCCUUCUGAAGAAAUGUAUAUGUGUACAAUAACAUUAUUUUGGUGUCAUUCCCCCUGUUUUGUUUUUAUAUAUAAAAAACAAUUGUUUUAACAAAGAUGCUAGUGUAACUGUUGCUGUAUGAUCUACUGGCCUAAAGGCUGAUAAGAGUUCAUAACAGCAUUGGUUGUCUUUUGGAAGGGGGUGGAGACAUGGUCAGCACCACUGGUCAUUAAACAGGAGGAAAUGGAUGAUGAUGACAUGGAGUCUCAAGGUCAGUUGAAGCUAUUAUUUGAAUGUAUGUUUAAUACAAGAAGCACAGGCAAACUCUGCAGUAGGAGUUAUACUCUUAGCUUCUGUAUUGGCCAAUAUGGGUCACUGUGAAACAUCCCUGUGAAAUGUAUUGUUGGUGACUUCCUUUCCAGGUUACAGCGAGUGGAUUCCAGAGACUCACAAGGCCAACCAGAAUAUCACAGGAGAAAGUGAUGAGCCAGAGAGAAGUCAAGCCUCUGGGGGAUCCAAAGAACUUGGACUCGAGGACUUAAAGAGAGAACAGAGUCCGUUGCUGGUGUCAACUGAGGAUGCUCCGGCACCCGUAAAGAAGAAAUAUAAUAAAAGGUACACUUGUGAAAUAUGUGGAAAGACUGAGAACAAAAAACGCAGAAUGACAAGUCACAUGAUAACACACACAGGGAUGCCCUUUAGCUGCAAUAUCUGUGGUGAGAAAUUCAAGUUUCAGAAUUUCUUGACCAGGCACCAGCGAUCCAAACACACAGUGAAAACCUACAGUUGCUCUAUGUGCGAAAAAACCUUCCUGCAGGCCACAUCUCGUGACACGCAUGAGCGUGGUCACGCUGGAAAAAACUAUUGGUGCUCAGACUGUGGUGAGAUGUUCAAGGAGCGCGGGGAUCGUGACACGCACGAGUGCAUUGUUUACAAAGGAGAACGUCCCUUCAGCUGUUCCGAAUGCAGUGAAGCCUUUCAAAGGCAGUACCAUCUCAAACAACACCAGCUGGAAAAACACCCUCUAAUGGUGGAGCAGACUGACGACCCAGAAAAUCGAGUUGAGGAGACUAUAGAAAAACCCUGCAGUUGCUCUGUGUGUGGAAUGAUGUUUGUAUAUCCUAAAUCGCGAGACAACCAUGAACGCAAACACAUUGGAGAAGACUACUGGUGCUCAGGCUGUGGCAAGACGUUCAAGGAGCGCCAGGAUCGCGAUACGCACGAGUGCAUUGUUUAUAAGGGAGAUCGGCCCUUCAGAUGCUCAGAGUGCAAUGAGGACUUUGAAAGACAGUACCAUCUCAAAAAACACCAGCUAGAAAAGCACCCUCUAAUGGUGGACCAGCCACGUCCUGGUCAUGAUACGUAAAAAAAAUGUUAAACCGUACGAAACAUACGCAUACAAACGACAACAUACAGACGCAGACAAACAGCCACAACAUCACCCUGCCCAGACCCACCUGCUCACACCCCCAUCUCCAGCGCCCGCAACAGUCUCCGCCACAUGGCCUCAAACUGCACCAUUUUGUUUCUCUCUCUCUGUUUCAACAUUUAGAUAAUAAAGCAUUUGACCUUUCCAUUGUGUUAACGAUGGAGGAUUGGUUGAUUUUACAGUUUAAGUAUACGUUUAAGAUGAUUGACGAGAAAAGUAUCGUCCAACACAUUGGGUAUCUCACUGCACCCACGUAUGCCAUGUCUUGAAAUAUGCAGACAGACGGAUUAAAAGUACAUUUACAUUGUAAUACUUCUGACAGCCAACUUUCUAACUCCGCCCAUAACUUUUGGACUUUAUAGCAUUCCCAGAAGGCAUGGGUUAUUGAGUCAUCGUUAGUUUUACACUUAAGACAUAAUUUUGCCGUUGUGCUGUAUAAUUUGUGAAUUUCGUUUCUUGUGUAAUAAAUUCUAUACAUUAGUUUAUACUGGAUUAAGUGUACAUUUUUGUUCUUUGUAAUUUUGUUAUUUAUGUUCCAACAUUCCCUCCAAUUUGUGCCAAUAGAGCCCCACAGUGGAGCUGUCAUAAUACCCAUAAAACCUAGCGGUCAAACUGGGAAAUGGUUCCAAUCGUUUUUCCACCAUUCAUUUUCUCCAUAGGGGAUUUUAGAAACACUUAAAAUAAGGGCUGUGUUUCGUGUAGGCUUAUCCUGGUGUGACGUUUUGAUAACCAUGUAAAUCUCUCUCGGACAACGUGUACCAAUGUAUUGAUAUUAAACUUUUAAGUUGGAUGUAUUUGAAAAUAUCUAAAUUGGUCAGUCCAGUUUUUUGCAUGGACUGCGUCUCAAUCCACCGCGAGUCCCACGGGACUCGUUUUUGGCUACAAACUGUGACCCCACUGUGAAAGGGGAGAUUCUCACCCAUCGGUUUCUUGGACCAAUCAGAACCGUUAUGUGUUUGCAUUCUACAAAUCAUCUGGAAGGAUUUAAAUACAGACUCGUUGCAGAGAAUAAACGUUUGUGGGCGUGGCGUUUGGGUAGCCAGGCAAGGGGAUCAAUAAACCCAUCAACUCGGGACACACAUGACUUGAAUGAUGCAAUUCAUGUUCCACUUUUAAAUAAUAAAACAAGCAUGAAAUUCAAAACAAAUUACCCCUGUUGUUAUACAAGAUAUAAACCUCAGUAACAGUUACACAUUUUAAUUUGGGAGGUAUUUAAUCUUGUACAUGUGUCAAGUAUCGAAAUCCGCCAUAAACGAAUGCACGUGGCAUAUAAUUAGGCACCCGCCAUUAUUUUGUGUGAAAUUACACAAACUCAAUAACGCUGUGCCUUAUGGGAUUUCACUUCGCUCUGAAGCCAGCAGUGUUGCUGUAAAGGAGGGUCUAAUCAAUUAGCAGGUUAGGAGAACUAACGUAGCAGGUUAGAAUAACUAAUGUAGCAAAUUAGGUUUAGCAAGUUGUCAACAACUGUUGUCCCUGACGCGACAACUAGAUGUAGCUGUAGGCCUACUCCAUCUAGCUACAGCCAUAGAAACCAUCAGCUAUGUAAACAAACCAUCAGUCCCGACAAACCAUCCAGUGGAGGCUGAGGGGAGGAAGGCUCAUAAUAAUGCCUGGAACGGCGUAAAUGUAAUGGCAUCAAACACAUGUAAUUGAUACCAUUCCACGAAUUCCGCUCCAGCCAUUAUCACGAGCCCGUCCUCCACAAUUAAGGCGCCACCAACCUCCUGUGAAACUAUCAGUAUCGUAACACCGGUCUUAAUUUAUUUAAGGGUGUAUUGUGUUACCUGCAAUUGUGUAUUGUUUUGAAUAUUGGAUUUUCCCUUUCAUGUCAGUAAAUCAUUUUUGAAUCUGGACAGCAAGGGUUGUAGAAGAGGUGUUAAUGAAAAUGAUGGAAUUGAGAUCUUUCUUGUGACAUCAGUGGUUUCAGUAACAGCAUUUUAAAGGUUUGUCAACUCUAUGUUCUUGCUUUUUGAGAGGAAUAAAAAUGUGUCAACCUGUUACAUCGUUUAAUUUUAUUAUUUUGCAUGUAUAACACAAACACUCAAACAGCUGGUCAAUUUAAGGUGGCAGAUAAACGAGUGUUUACGGUAUAUCACCGGAGCAACCUCGUCAGCUGUCCGGAACCAAACGGCCACCAGCAAUUCAAUCGUUCCACCACAGACAGAAGGGUUUAGUUUUAAUUUAUAACAUAUUUGGUUCCACAUUCAUUUCAUUCUAGCACACUAGCUAACAUUUACCAGGCUAAAUUAGCGAGACUGGUGAAUUUUGUAGCCAUGUCUUUCGAACUCGCUUUUCGUUCUCGGGUUGCCUCCAUUAUAGAAACUUUGACAGAAAAAGCCUUGCAAGACAUCUGUCAACUUAUGGGAGAAACGUGUGCUGCUCUACGAGUGGAAAUGGUGCAUGAACAAAACCAAAGAUCGAUAAAGUCACAGGCGAUGGAGAAUAGCAUCGGGAAGGAGAAGCCAGCGAUCUGCAUGGACAGUAUAAAAAAAACCGGUGAGUAAUGACUCGCUAAAUUAGGUAUUAUGCGUAUAGGCUAUUUGUCUGUGUAGGAAGCUCGGAUACAAUUACUUCCCCACAUGUCGGCUAGCUAGCUAGUAGACUUUUCGCUCCUGGAGACCUGUAUCGUUACACAUCUCCCAGAGCGAAGAGGAUGGCUAACUAGCUAGCAGUCGCCUGUCUGUGACGGACGGGCGUCCUGGCUCCAAUUAUGGCUUGUAGUUAGCGGACUAAACUCCACUUCAUGGUGAAAGAGAAACUUCCUUCACCAUGAAGUGGAGUUAAGUCUGCUAGCCAGUAAUUGCCCUAUUGCUUAGCUCCUAUCAUCUCCUUAGUGAAAAGGUACUAACUAUAUAGCGAAUACAAUCUAUUUCUCAGAUAAACGUAGCUAUACCAUGAGUGAUGGCAUAUUUCCAUUAUAUUUAUGAAAUCUGAGCCUCGUUAUCCCGAUUUUGUGUUGAUCCACAUUUUCAGAAAAUCUAAAUCUGUGUUUGUAUGUUAACUCCCCCACCAGGUUUGAGAAACUUCCCAGUCGUUGAUCAAAUCCUCAAUGAACAAGAGGCCAAUGGUAUUUGGCUAGAACGUGAUCCUACUGUGGAAGAAAAAGGUCCGCCAUCACUGGUACCAGUGGGAGAAGAGCAAUCACAGGCUCUUAGUCAGACAACAGACAUGGUGAGUUCCGCUUGUGGUUUGGCCGUUGAUUUUGUAAGGGUAGAUAUGUCUCACAGAGCGCGUUGUUUAGGCACAGGUUUAAUUGAAAACCAUAUGAGCAUCUCACGCCCAGCAAAAGUUACACAUCCAGUGUAGCAGGCCUGUAACUGUAAAUAGUACACUAAGGCUUUGAAUGACACCUAGAUAAACGCUAUAUACCAUCUAGGCUACAGAUAAAACGUUUUAGGUCUGGUUCCACAAUGAUUUUCCUGUAAAGGCGAAGUAAACUUUAUUUGAACCAAAUCACUAUUUUCGAUGUAAAUUGCAUGUUAUAGAAGUACACAGACACCUUUUUGUUGUUGUUGCUAUCUCACUUGUUUUUGAGAACCUUACCACUCCAGCGAUAUACUUCCUCAUGCUCGUUCAGCAGUUGUAGGGGCACAUAAAAACAUGAACAAAGGCUAAAAAACUAACACACAAAUACCUCAUUUUAGGAACGGCAACAGUCUCAGUAUAGUGAUGCAUGUCUUUAGAUGUUAUACACAUUAAAUUGUCAUUACGAACGUUAUCCGCAAUGUUAUAUAUUCAAUUUUGUGCGACUACAGCGGUUUAUCCUACCAGCUGGGCUGCUUCUCCUUGUAGCCCGCACAGCUAGUAUAAAACAUGCCCUUCCAAAUACAUUUAUUUGUGUUCAACAUAUGACAUGACACCUAAAUCAUGUAAUUCCUCCUGUAUUGUAACCGAAAGAAAGAUGUAACUGCUUAUGUAUGAUCUACAAGUUUAGUAAAGGCAGAUAAGUUAAUUACAUUAAUUGUCUUUUGGAAGGGGGUGGAGACAUGGCCAGCACCACUGGUCAUAAAACAGGAGGAGGAGGAUGAUGAUGAUGAUGACAUGGAGUCUCAAGGUCAGUGGAAGUUAUUCUUUUAAUCAAUGUUCAAUACAAAACAGACAAGCUGAGCUUUACUCUUCUUUGAAACAAUUAUAGCUUCUGUAUUGGCCAAUAUGAUGGGUCGCUGUGAAACAUCCCUGUGAAAUGUAUUGUUGGUGACUUCCUUUCCAGGUUACAACAAGUGGAUUCCAGAGACACACAAGGCCAACCAGAAUAUCACAGGAGAAAGUGAUGAGGAAGAGAGAAGUCAAGCCUCUGGGGGAUCCAAAGAACUUGGACUCGACGACUUCAACAGAGAACAGAGUCAGUUGCUGGUGUCAACUGGGGAUGCUGCAGCACCCAUGAAGAAUAAAUAUAAUAAUAUAAAUAUAAAAAGGAACACCUGUGAAAUAUGUGGAAAGAUUGAGACCAAUAAAGGCAGAAUGACAAGUCACAUGAUAAAGCACACAGGGCUGCCCUUUAGCUGCGAUAUCUGUGCCAAGAAAUUCAAGCGUCAAGACUUCUUGACCAGACACAAACGCUCCAAACACAACCCAGGGAUCACUUAUAGUUGCUCUGUGUGUGGAAAAACCUUCCGGCAGGCCACAUCUCGCGACACGCAUGAGCGUGGUCACACUGGAAAAAACUAUUGGUGUUCAGACUGUGGCGAGACGUUCAAGGAGCGCAGGGAUCGUGACACGCAUGAUUGCAUUGUUUACAAGGGAGAACGGCCCUUCAGCUGCUCCGAGUGUAACAAAGACUUUGAAAGGCAGUACCAUCUCAAAAAACACCAGAUGGAAAAACACCCUCUAUUGGUGGAGCAGACUGUCAGCUGUAAACCCACUUGUUCUGUGUGUGGAAAAGUGUUCAUGUACAUCAAAUGGUUAAUCAGGCAUGAGCGCUCUCACAGGGAAAAAAAUGAGCACAGGGAUCGUGACGCGCACAAGUCCAUUGUUGAAGAUCCUAUCAACGAACAACUUGAGUCAAAGGACCGAGAGGGUCAGUUUGAGUCAGCUGAGAGUUCUGAGGCACCCAUAAGGAGUGAACCGAUACGAUACACCUGUGAAAUAUGUGGAACAACUUGGGCGACUAAAAGUAGCAUGCGCAGUCACAUGGUAAUACACAGAAAGAUGCACUAUACCUGCGAUGUCUGUGGCAAGGUAUUUAGGCUCAAAUCCCCUUUCACCAUACAUCAGCUCAGACACAAGGGAUUUAAAAAUCAGUACCAGCUUAAAAAACACCAGCUUGAAAAGCACCCUUUAAAGGUGGACCAGCCAUGUUCUGAUCAUGGUACUGCCAUGGUGGUUCAGAGAGCACAGCCUUCUAUUGACAGUGACCUAAAGACAGAUAUGAGUGUCCUAGAUGGACAAGUUCAGGUCCCACAGCCUGAGUUGAACAAUGAUCACAGUAACAAUGUCAAAAUCUACAUGAGUGUUCCUAUAGAAGUUGAGGAAGCACAGCCUACGCAUGAAAAUGGCUGCUCCCUUUUGGUCCCCACUGAAGAUGACAAGUUAAAUGGCUUCAACUGAAUGAAGUUGUUUUGUAAAGUACGAAAAGGAUAGACAUGAAUAAAGGGGCGACAGAUAGUGGGGAAAUAGUGUGUAGAACAGCGACGGGACUGGGAUUCAACGGGACUGGAAUCCGAUGGGACUGGCUAGGGAUUACAUAUGCGCAGAGAGCAGUGGCCUUCACUGUACAUCUUUCCUCAGGCACCUGGAUGAUUUUUUUAAAGCAAUUAUUUGAUUCUAAUCCUCGUGUUCAUUUAUUUUAGGAUUUUGUUACUUGCAGCUUGGAUUUUUCCUUUCAUGACAAUAAAACUUGUUUGAAUCUGGAGAGAUGGGUGUAAUUAUGGCCUGCAAUUCGUGGUCUUCCUGCAUGUGGGUGUUCAUGCAUCUGCAGGAACCCCUCUUUAUACUUCUAUUGGUCAAUUAAGCUAGGACUCCAGGUACACAGGCUGGAGGCGGGGGUCCUGUGCAGGAUGUUGUCAAGGAAGUGAGUUUGUGUUUUAUAUAGGACCUCCCGCCCCCACCUACCUCAACCAAUCAUGUCAAUGCAGAGCUAUAUGGGGAAAUCCAGAAUAUUAAAAGUGUAAUUUAAACACAAGCCACAUGCUGGAAUGCAUACAUGCAGGAACGGCCAGAAUUGUGGGCCGCAAUCACACACUAUUGAAUCUGGACAGCAAGGGUUGGUUGUACAAGCAAUGUAAAUCAAAAUGAUGGAAUUGUUCUUUCUUCUGAAUUAUCAGUUGAUUAAGUAACAGCUUUCCUUUUAAGGGUUUUUCAAUAUAUCUUGACAUUAUUUUUUUUGCAACACAAAUAUUGAUAACUGGUCAAAUUAAGGAGGCAGAUAAACGAGUAUUUACGGUAUGUCACCGGCUCAACCUCGUCCGCAGUCUGGAACGAAACGACCAACCCCAACUCAACUGCGCCAGUAAUUUCGUUCUCUCACUGGGAACAUUUCAAGUGCGAACUCCUCGCGUCUGCGUGCCUCCUCAAAACCCAUUGGAGGAGAAAGUCAGAGUGGCGGGACCUCUGGCUUUUUCCUCCAAUGUGUUUUGAGGAGGAUAGGAGAGAGGACGCGAGGAGUAUGCAAUUGUGGUUGUCUGACUGACUGUCACAUCACAUCUAUCAUCUCCUUUAUGUUUGUAGCCAUGCCUUUCGAACUCGCCUUUCGUUCUCGUGUUGCAUCCAUAAUGGAAACUUUGACAGCAACAGCCAUGCAAGACAUCUGUCAACUUAUGGUAGAAACCUAUGCUGCUCUUCGAGUGGAAAUGGUGCAUGAACAAAAUCAAAGUUCAAGGAUAAAGACAAAGUUGCAGGUGAUGGAGAAUAGCACCUGGACGGAGAAGCCAGCGAACUGCAUGGAGAGAAUGCAAAACCUCGGUGAGAAUAAAUCUACAGACAGUUAUGAGUAGGGGUUGGAUACAAAUAGGCUAUAGCUAACUAACUGUUACUUCCCCACAUGUAAGAUUGUUUAGCAGUCGUCCUCCCUUGCUGAAUGUGUGGUCUGUGGGGGGCGCCCUGGCUCUACGUCUGUCCAUUAAAGUAUUAAUUACAAGCAGUGAAAAGGUGCUUUACAAAUACAAUCUAAUCUAUUUGACAUAUAAAUAUAUGCCAUUAUGAGUGCUGAUGGCCUAUAUUAUCACAGUUUAGUGAAAUCUGAGCCUUGUUAUUGUGUUGAAGCACAUUUUCAGAAAAUCUAAAUCUGUAUUUGUUUGUUGGCUCCCCCACCAGGUUUGAGAAACUUCCCAGUCGUUGAUCAAAUCCUCAAUGAACAGGAGGCCAAUGGUAUUUGGCUAGAACGUGAUCCUACUGUGGAAGAAAAAGCUCCGCCAUCACUGGUACCAGUGGGAGAAGAGCAAUCACAGGCUCUUAGUCAGACAACAGACAUGGUGAGUUGAGCUUGUGGUUUGGCCGUUGAUUUUGUAAGGGUAGAUACAGUGGGGAGAACAAGUAUUUGAUACACUGCCGAUUUUGCAGGUUUUCCUACUUACAAAGAAUGUAGAGGUUUGUAAUUUGUAUCAUAGGUACACUUCAACUGUGAGAGACGGAAUCUAAAACAAGAAUCCAGAAAAUCACAUUGUAUGAUUUUUAAGUAAUUAAUUUGCAUUUUAUUGCAUUUUAUUGCAUGACAUAAGUAUUUGAUCACCUACCAACCAGUAAGAAUUCCGGCUCUCACAGACCUGUUCGUUUUUCUUUAAGAAGCCCUCCUGUUCUCCACUCAUUACCUGUAUUAACUGCACCUGUUUGAACUCAUUACCUGUAUAAAAGACACCUGUCCACACACUCAAUCAAACAGACUCCAACCUCUCCACAAUGGCCAAGACCAGAGAGCUGUGUAAGGACAUCAGGGAUAAAAUUGUAGACCUGCACAAGGCUGGGAUGGGCUACAGGACAAUAGGCAAGCAGCUUGGUGAGAAGGCAACAACUGUUGGCGCAAUUAUUAGAAAAUGGAAGAAGUUCAAGAUGAGGGUCAAUCACCCUCGGUCUGGGGCUCCAUGCAAGAUCUCACCUCGUGGGGCAUCAAUGAUCAUGAGGAAGGUGAGGGAUCAGCCCAGAACUACAAGGCAGGACCUGGUCAAUGACCUGAAGAGAGCUGGGACCACAGUCUCAAAGAAAACCAUUAGUAACACACUACGCCGUCAUGGAUUAAAAUCCCCCUGCUCAAGCCAGCGUAUGUCCAGGCCCGUCUGAAGUUUGCCAUUGACCAUCUGGAUGAUCCAGAGGAGGAAUGGGAGAAGGUCAUGUGGUCUGAUGAGACAAAAAUAGAGCUUUUUGGUCUAAACUCCACUCGCCGUGUUUGGAGGAAGAAGAAGGAUGAGUACAACCCCAAGAACACCAUCCCAACCGUGAAGCAUGGAGGUGGAAACAUCAUUCUUUGGAGAUGCUUUUCUGCAAAGGGGACAGGACGACUGCACCAUAUUGAGGGGAGGAUGGAUGGGGCCAUGUAUCGCGAGAUCUUGGCCAACAACCUCCUUCCCUGAGUAAGAGCAUUGAAGAUGGGUCGUGGCUGGGUCUUCCAGCAUGACAACGACCGAAACACACAGCCAGGGCAACUAAGGAGUGGCUCCGUAAGAAGCAUCUCAAGGUCCUGGAGUGGCCUAGCCAGUCUCCAGACCUGAACCCAAUAGAAAAUAUUUGGAGGGAGGUGAAAGUCUGUAUUGCCCAGCGACAGCCCCGAAACCUGAAGGAUCUGGAGAAGGUCUGUAUGGAGGAGUGGACCAAAAUCCCUGCUGCAGUGUGUGCAAACCUGGUCAAGACCUACAGGAAACGUAUGAUCUCUCUAAUUGCAAACAAAGAUUUCUGUACCAAAUAUUAAGUUCUGCUUUUCUGAUGUAUCAAAUACUUAUGUCAUGCAAUAAAAUGCAAAUGAAUUACUUAAAAAUCAUACAAUGUGAUUUUCUGGAUUUUUGUUUUAGAUUCCGUCACUCACAGUUGAAGUGUACCUAUGAUAAAAAGUACAGACCUCUACAUGCUUUGUAAGUAGGAAAACCUGCAAAAUCAGCAGUGUAUCAAAUACUUGUUCUCCCCACUGUAUGUCUCACAGAGCUGCGCUGUUUACGCACAGGUUUAAUUGAAAACCAUGUGAGCAUCUCACGCCUAGCAAAAGUUACACAUCCAGUGUAGCAGGCCUGUAACUGUAAAUAGUACACUAAGGCUUUGAAUGACACCUAGAUAAACGCUAAACGCUAUAUACCAUCUAGGCUACAGAUAAAACGUUUUAGGGUUGGUUUCCCAAGGAUUCUCCUUUAAGAGUUAAAUAUAUAAAUACCCUUCUUGUGUUUCAUGAUUUCUGUUCAACGUAUAGUUUUUAUUAAACAAAUGUUUUACCCACAACAAGAUGCUUGUGUAACUGUUGCUGUAUGAUCUACUAGCUUAAAAGCUGAUAACGCCAUUAAUUGUCUUUUGGAAGGGGGUGGAGACAUGGCCAGCACCACUGGUCAUAAAACAGGAGGAUAAUGAUGAUGAUGAUGACAUGGAGUCUCAAGGUCAGUGGAAGUUAUUAUUUUAAUGUAUGUUUAAUACAAAACAGACAUCUACGUUGACUGCACUAAGUCCAAUCAGGCUAAGUGUGUUCAAAGCCCCCCCCUUUUGGGGCGAUUUCAGUCAGGUUGAAAUCGCCCCAGAAGUCUCUCAUAGACUCUCAUGUAAAAUCUUUUUUUUUUCAAAUAUCAAGCUUUCAAUACAAUCUCUAUGGGUCGGGAGGCUUGCACUUACGCGCUUUCGUCAUACGUAACAUAACCAUGAACGUAACUAAGAAAGAGCGGGUAGCAGCGUCAAUCAAUCACGUACUACUGUCAAGAUGGCUAGCGUUCAGUGCACUCGAUUGUCUCUUGAAAGAAGUCCUUUUGUCGGCGAACAAAUCAAGAUAAAUGGCAACGAAACAAUUAGGACCUCCAGACCAAAUUUAAUAAUUCAACAGGUUUCUACUAAAGGGGAAAGUCCUACACCUGAGGAUUUCAAAAAUGUACGAACGAAAAACUGUAGCAGGCUGGAGUGUGCUAGCAGUCUCUGACCUACCCUUGAGGUGACUUUUCACACCCCUGAAGGCUGGAACGGCAGAGCAGCAACCGCUUGACAGGGCGAACUGGUGACUACAGGACAUGCACCAUCUUUCAGAAAAAAGAUUCAAAUACAUGAGCAUAAAUGCAAAGAUACCCAACAUGGAUUUCUGGUUUUGAGAUUGUCCUACUUGGGAGAUGUGAACAUUUGAAUCAAACUGAUCGAGGGAUAAAGUACUGUCCCCCAGCCACAGAGCUGAGGUUAGCAAAGAAAACCGCACAUCCUCACGCCAGGUUAAUCCAGUGUGGUGAAGUUAUUGGGGGAAAUGUUGAACGUAACGCUUUACACUAGGCAAGAUAAAACUAGGUGUUCCCAAACCCUUGGUAUUUUUCUUGGAUUUCUGUUCAACUUUUGUCACAAAGAUGUGGUUGUUUUAUGGAAAUAGCUAUAAAAGUUGAUAGCAAGUCUUUGGAGGGGGGUGGAAAUGGCAGCACCACCUGAGUAAUGUUUUACUGGUGAUAAUUAUUUUGUACCUGUGAAAUGUAGUGUUGGUGAUUCUUUCCCAGGUAAAAGUGAGUGGAUCCAGAGACCACAAGGCCAACCAGAAAUCACAGGAGAAAGUGUGAGGAAGAGAGAAGUCAAGCCUCUGGGGAUCCAAAAGAACUUGGACUCGACGACUUCAACGAGAACAGAGUCGUUGCUGGUGUCACUGGGGAUGCUGCAGCACCAUAAAUAAUUAAAUAUAAUAAUACAAAUAUAAAAAGGAACACCUGUGAAAUAUGUGGAAAGAUUGAGACCAAUAAAGGCAGAAUGACAAGUCACAUGAUAAAGCACACAGGGCUGCCCUUUAGCUGCGAUAUCUGUGGCGAGAAAUUCAAGCGUCGAGACUUCUUGACCAGACACAAGCGCUUCAAACACAACCCAAGGAUCACUUACAGUUGCUCGGUGUGUGGAAAAACCUUCCGGCAGGCCACAUCUCGCGACACGCAUGAGCGUGGUCACACUGGAAAAAACUAUUGGUGCUCAGACUGUGGUGAGACGUUCAAGGAGCGCGGGGAUCGUGACACGCAUGAUUGCAUUGUUUACAAGGGAGAACGGCCCUUCAGCUGCUCCGAGUGCAACAAGGACUUUCAAAGGCUGUACCAUCUCAAAAAACACCAGCUGAAAAAGCACCCUCUAAUGGUGGAGCAGACUGUCGACCCAGAGCCUGAGUCAAAGCACUUUGAGGACCAACAGAGUCAGUUUGAGUCAGCGGAGAGUUCUGAAAAAUCUAUAAGGAGUGAAGCAAUACGGUACACCUGUGAAAUAUGUGGAACAACUUGGGGGACUAAAGGUGGCAUGACCAAACACAUGGUAAUACACAGAAAGAAGCGCUAUACCUGCGAUGUCUGUGGCAAGGUAUUUAGGCUCAAAUCCCCUUUCACCAUACAUCAGCUCAGACACAAGGGAG